AUGGCUGAGUGGGAGGCGACAGAUGGGGCACCUGCAGGCCCACGGUUGGGCCACCCUCUGGAAGCUGCUGCCCAGUGCGGACCACCAUUAACUACAAUACUGCUCAGCCCACUGUUUAUUUAUUUUCAUUUAUUUAACCAGAUAUAAUACAUUGCUCAAUCAAAAAACCCAAAAGUUUUAUAUAAAAUGUUAAUUUAAAAAUACUGAUAAAAUCAGUGGACUUUAAGAAUAAGCAGAUAUAAUAAAAUUAUCAAAAUAUAGAUAAAAUCAACCAUUUUCUUGGUAGACUUACCUAAACAAAUGUGAUUUUAGCACAUAUGAACAACAAUAGAAUGAAGUGGCCCCCGUAGCAAGAAUCGGCAUACGAUUUCCCUCCCCACAACCAUUCAUGACUCAAGAUAGUAAUUCAUACGGAUAGAAGUAGACUAGUCCAUGAAAGAUUAUGCCCUCACCAAUGUGUUUGUCUUUACGGUGCCAUAAUACUCUUCUUUUUGCCUCAGGUUAACAUGACUACCAUUCUGGCCUCCUCUGUUGGAUUGGACCAAAGGCCUAUAUAGCUCAGCCUUAAGGUACCACAGUCUCCCACCAGAUCCCUAUUGGAAGCCAACAAGCACUGAAAUAAAAUAAUAGACAAAAGGAGAAGAGGCCCCACUAAUCUGUUUUAGAAUGCUGUUGAAAAGGCCUUCUCUUUCAUUUUUUUUUUUAAAUGAUAUUUAUUGAAAUUUGAAAAAUACAAAACUUACACAAAAACAAAACAGAAACAAAAGGUAAAAAAUAAAAAUACAAAAAAUAAAGGUACAAAUAUGAGAAAAUAGAGAAUAUAGAAAAAAAAUAGAGGAAAAAAAACAAAACAAGUUCAUUAUUUUCGAAUCCUUAACUGUCAUUACCUUCUUUCUUAGACCUCCUCCUCCUCCCUUCCUUUGUAUUCUAGUUAUUAAUUAUCCCAGCAAAUCCUUUCCUUUCCAUAUUUCAAAAAAAUAAAACAUAAAAAGAAUUCUAAACUAAUUUAAUCCUAUCUUUCUAUAUUAAAAUAAACCUUAAAGUUUAAAAUUUAAGUCUUAACUUUACCAACUUCUUGUGUUCAUAAUGUUCUUUCAUAAUUCUUUAUACAUCUUUACUAAAGCCAGGUAAUUUCUUCCAACAUUUUUCUAUCAUUCAUCAACUUUAUAAAACAUUCUAUUAGUUAAAAAAGAGAAAAAGAAGUACAUAAACAAGUCCAAUCUUUAUCCAACGUCCCAUCCUCCUGGUUCCGGGAUUUGUCAGUCCUUAUUCCCCAAUCUAACCCGGUGACCUUAUGUCCGAAGCCCUCAAGUCACUUCCAUGGCCCUUCCGCUGCUCUUCUUCAUAUUUGUGGCUGUAGUCUCUUGCUCAUGGUAACUCCAACUUAAUAGUGUUUUUAGCCCUUCUCAUCAGAACAAACCCUUUUCCGUAUUCAUCGCUGCAUUCCAUGUAGUGUUUAGAAGCAUACUUCAUGGGCCCUCCAUAAUUGUGGGCCCCCACAAUCCCAAACAUAUCGCAGCCUGUUACCGUAUUUAAAAAGUCCAGAUAUCCCGACAUAGGGGGGUCAAUCCAGCCCCCCAUUUCCAGACCACACCGAACUUUCCCUUCCGAAAUCUGGUUUUUUCCAAGUUCCUUUUUCCAAUCCGAAGGAUCAAACUCCUGUUGGGUCUGUUCUGUCAAAACACUCUCCUGAUUUGAUGCCACAAACCCCUGUUCUGUCAAAACACACUCCUGGUUUAAGUCCUGGAUAGACUCCACAUAUAUUCCCACAGUCUGGUCAAAACAUUCCACUGCCUGUCUAAAAUUUCUAGUCGAAUUGGCCAUCCGGUUCACCUUAUCAUGUAAUUCUUCUAGUAGAGUACAGUGGUGCCCCGCAAGACGAAUGCCUCGCAAGACGGAAAAACCGCUAGACGAAAGGGUUUUCCGUUUUGAAGUUGCUUCGCAGGACGAAUUCCCCUAUGGGCUUGCUUCGCAAGACGAAAAUGUCUUGCGAGUCUUGAAAUUUUUUUCGCUUCCCCUUUAUCUAAUCUGCUAAGCCUUUAAUAGCCUUUAAUAGCCUUUUAGCAGCUAAUCCCCUAAGCCUUUAAGCCUUUAAUAGCCGCUAAACCGCUAAUAGCGCUAAUAGCGCUAAUCCGUCAAUGGGCUUGCUUCGCAAGACGAAAAAACCGCUAGACGAAGACUCUCGCGGAACGGAUUAAUUUCGUCUUGCGAGGCACCACUGUAUUUGUUUUGUAGAGCAGGCUCACCCAGACUUCUGAAAACAUUGUUGCACUUUCCCACGAUUGUUUUGCAGCAACUGUCAAGUCCUUAAGAUUAGUUACAGUUUCAAAGGCUCCCCCUAGGGGGAAGACUUAUAUUUGUUUUUGCUACAUUUCCAAAAUACUUGCAAUACUUUAUCCAUAUAUAUUUCUUUAAAAUGCAAAAGGGAACAGUAAAGUCACAAGAAUUUUCUUCUUUUAACUAUCUGUCACACACAAUUUUCUUGAUAGAUUCACGUCAGUCCUGACUUCCCCGCUCCAGGAUCAGGACGAAAAUAACUUCCUUUUACUCCUUCAAAUAGUCCAAAAGGAAUAUUCCCAGUUUAAAAUGUUGGAAUCCACUCUUUUAAUAGCGAUUUUCUAAGCUCUAGUGUAAAUUGCCUUUGCUUUGUUCUAUUUACAAAAGAACGGAAGGGUGACUUCCUGUUUAGCCCUUCCCGCUCCGUACCAAAGUCAAUAGAUUUUUUUUCUUUUUUAUAAUCCAAUUCUGUCCUUUUCGCAAAUCUACAUCUACUGUCCCAUUUGUUCAAUCUCUAAGUACUCACGGGUGUUACUUUUAAAGUCCGAAUUGUCCAGGAAAAAGGCAGCGCUCUCCGGCAACAGCUACGCGGCUUCACUCCACAAAGAAGCAGACGACUCACAGCACAGCGCCACUUCCCCGCUCUGUUCCGGAGCCCUUUACCGGGUUCCUUUGCAGAUUGGGGGGGCGCAAACAGUGCCCGCCGAGUCCCAGGGUCACAGGCUUCACCCGCCUGUGAUUUGAAGGGUCCCCGCUGCGCCGAAGCGGUGUAGACCCGAUUUUUGUGGAGCAGCUUCCCUCCGAGUUAGAGGGGAUCCGCCAUUACCGUUGGUGCCACCUCCGGAAGUCCCCGAAAAGGCCUUCUCUUUCAUUCCCACCCACUACAUCUCUGUUGACAGGGGAACAAGAAGAGUAUCAGAAACUGAGCAAAGGUCAUGAGCAGUUUCAUGUGAGAUUGGGGAAGGUAGUUCUUGAUAUGCACUGAUUCAACACCAGCUUGAGACAGUGCCUUGGGUUUAGCUUGAAAACAAACUGGAAAUGAAUUACGGUAAACUGAUUCACAAACAGCACAAUAUGAUAUUUCCUGCUAAGCCCAGAAAAAAAACUCCAGCCAUACCGUUCUGAAGUGGUUAACGCUGUGGACUGUCUUCAAGGACAGCGCCAUCUAAAGUGCAUUACAGUAAUCCAGCUUGGAAGUGAUUGAGGUAGCAAUCCUAUUUAUACACCUGGCUCCUACAUUUGAGGAGACGUGUAUGAUUCUACUGCAAAGUUUGGAUGCAGGCCUAUCAGUUCAUUUGAACAGUUUGCAGCGAACCUCCACAGUUCUGCAUGUCAGAAAUGUUGUGUGGCAUUGGGCCAUAUGAUAGAAGCAGUGUUUUUUUAUUAAAUCCUAUGACAAACAGCAGUCUGUAACCUGUAUAUAAAGUACUUGUACAAAAUAUGAAAAAGCAUGAUCCAGGGCAGAAAACCUUGUGUGUGUGCCAUCCAAGGUGAUCGUGAAAGGCGCUGUAGUUCAGUGGCAAAGCACACACCUUGCACGCAUAAAGUCCUGGGUUCAAACCUUGGCAUCUGCCAGUAGGGUUUGGGAAAGGCUGAAACUCUACGUGGCCACUGCCCACAGUAUAAGGCACCUUGCUAUGUUCCUAUGAAGACUUGGCUUCCCUCUGAUUUGAACCAGCAUCUCUGAUAGCACGUGAAGCUAUACCAAGUCUACCUCUGAGCAGGUGUAGGGUGCAUUUCCUAUACACUAUGAAGUAAAUGCAAGCACUCGGACGGUUGAAGGAUUGGUUUUGGGGCCAAAGCAGCAUGGCUGAGUCUAGCCACCGCUUUUAUCGGGCAUAGGCAAACUUGGCCCGCCGGGGUUUGUUUUUUUUAAAGACUACAAUUCCCAUCAUCCUUGACCACUGGUCCUGUUAGCUAGGGAUGAUGGGAGUUGUAGUCCCAAAAAAUCUAAAGGGCCGAGUUUGCCUAUGCCUGUCUUUUAUCAUAAUUGCGAUUGUGAUUAUAAAGGGAGCGUCAACAGCUCGCUUCAGCAAACCACGUCGUCUUCCAGCGCCCCUUUCUCCGGCAGCUCCGCUCCGCCUCCGGCUCCCUCUGUCGGGAGCCUUCCCUUGCUGCGCCCUGCGGGCUCCAUUAGUCAGAGCCGGAUUCCAGCGCCCGCUCGCGAAGGAGCCUGGGGGAAAUGGCCGGCCUCCUGUCGCCAUAGCAACCCAGGCGUUGUUGACAACGCGCUGCUGCUGCCGCCGGCGACGAACCGCGAAGCGUGUGUGGAGCUCGGCGUCGCCGCAGCUCAAGCCCGUUCCUGUCUCCCCCCAAAAGGGCAGCAGACCCUCCGCCGCCCGCCAAACUUUCGCCCUUCUUGCGGGGCUCCAGCGCUGAGAAAGGUAAGCAGCCGGGAGGCGAGCAGGGCCGGAAGUCAGACCGGCAGUUCUUUAUGGGCCAGGAGGCGGGGAGCGUUGGCACCACCAGCAAGUUGUUUUGUCUUGUCUUGUUUUGUUUUGUUUUAUAUUUGCGUACUGCCCUUCAUCUGUCCAUCUCAGGGCAAUUCACAUAAAAAGCAUAAAAAGACAAGAUAAAAAUUCAAAAUACAUAAUAAAAACAAGAACAGAACGAAACAAGAAGCUCCUCUUAUAAAACACCCUCCUGGGUUUCAUAAAACGAGAUGAGCUGCUUAAAAGCAACAUUCAUUUACCUCCAGGACUUGAAAAGUGACUGGACUUACAUUGGUCUAUCUGGCAAGCUUAGCGCUGCUUAAAGUGACUUGUUCUCCAGGAUUGCAGAUGGGAGCCUUUCCAAACCCUACAUAAAUAUACUAGCGGUUGACCUUCAGUGAGCUACAAGAUACUACCCAAUCCUAUGCAUGGUUUCUGCUUGGAAGUAAGUUCCACUAAACCUGCAAUCCUGUGCAUGCUUACUUCAGAGUAAGCCACAUUGAAUACAGAUGAAUUUACUUGCAAAUAAAUACAUAUAAAAUUGGGCUUGUAAACAAGCCAUUGGGAAAGGACAGUUCUAUCCACAUCAAGCUCAGCUCCCUCAUAUUACAUUAGUUGGCACAAGAUUUCAGUCCUAAAUGCACAGUGCCAUUUUAUGCAUGCUUACCUGGGAGUAAGCAUUGUUGAACAGAAAAUCACACUGCCAUCUAGCAGAACUGUUCUGAAAAGUGAAGGACUCUUGUCAUUAGCCCCAGUCAAUGGCAGACUGAAUCGCUUGCACACAAGUAUGCAAGGCACUUUGAGGAUAAAAUUGCUUACCUCUGUGCUGAGAUGGACUCUAGAGUAAAUAUAACAAGUCCAGGGAAGGUGUACAUUUCGCUGGCUGGUCCAGUUUUAUAGGCUCAGUUUCAGCUUUUGGAUCCUGAGCAUGUGGACAAAACACAGAGUGGUAUGGAGUAACAUGUGCUCUCUGGACCCUUUUCCUACGUGACUUGUGUGAACAAGCCAAAAGAGGUUGCCUGAAUGGGUCUGAUGUGUGAUGAAUGCAUUGCUGAAGGAGGCAGUGGUGCAACCACUGCUUUAAAAACCCAGAUUAGACCUGGAGGUUUGCAACAACAACUGCCUGGUUGCAAGUAUCCCCUUCUUAGGAAAAGUGGUCAAGCGGGUAGUGGCAGUGCAUCUCCAGGCAGAGGCGUAGCUGGGGGGGCAGGGGGUGGAGGGCACUGAGCCCCACACCGUGGGGGUAGCACUGAUUGUGGGGCCUGCAGCGCACCUGAGCCACGCAACUCUCCUGGGAGUGACGUGGUGGCUUGGGCACCUGCAGGCUCUGCUCUGCUCGAAAUGGCAGUGUGGGGCUUGCGUUCGCCUGCCCCUCAGCUACCCUACAGCUGAGGGGGAGGGGAAGGACAGACUCCUUGGAAGCUCCAUGUAGUGCAUCCUGUCCCAGCUUGCCCCACCCCAUGGGCGGCUUGCCCCACCCCAGGAAUCAGGACAUGCACCACCCUGGGCACUCGAGCGGCUGGCUACGCUGCUGUCUCCAGGUACUCCAGGAAACAGUUUAUGUAGCUCAAUUCCAUUCUGCGUUCAGGCCUGGUUUGGGAGAAGAAUCAGCCUUGGUUGCUCUGAUGGAUGAUCUUUAUUGGGAAAGAAAUGUUCCUGUUGGUUCCCCUCGAUCUCUCAGCUGCUUUUGAUACCAUCAGCCAUGGUAUCUGUGAGUAGGGAGCUGUGACACAAGAGUGCUGUACUCUACUACAGGGUCACUGACACAAAGUGACAUUCGGUGAUACCUACUUGACCCCUUAGUGUCUUUUGGUCUGUGGAGUACCAUGGGGUUCUAUUUUGUCUCUAAUGCUGUUUAACAUUUCUAUGAAGCCAUUGGGAGUGGUCAUUAGAGAUUUCUGAGAUGUCAUCAGUAUGUAGAUGAUACUCAGCCCUGUAUCUCUGUACCCAUUGAAUCAGGUAAGUCUGUGCAGCUGUUGGACCAGUGCUUGGAUGCAGGGUGUGGAGUGGGUGCUGGAUAAAUUAAAAUGGAAUCCAGAAAAGAUAGGGUCCUGUGGGUAGGUAGUUCCAAGGUCCAGGAGUUGGGGAUGUUGGCAGUUCUGGAUACAGUUGCAUUCCAGAGGUGCAGAGGAACAGGUACAUAAACUGCAGGUGCUCUUAGAGCCAUCAUCAGAAUUGGAUGCUCAAAUGCAAGUGCAGUUUAAUCAUAUGAACAUUAUUUCCUUGUUAUUUUAGAUGUCAGCUCCAGGAAAAUCUUCACGCUCCCCUGAUGAUGACGACGACGAUGCAUGGAAUGUUCAGCUGCCACCUAUAGCUUUGCCCUCCACAUCCCAGGGUUUGACAGAAAAACAAAAAAAACUAAUGCGAUACCGAAGAGUCAAGGAACAGCAGAAGAUGCUUAAUCAGAUCAUGUAAUAUUCCUGUCCCUUUUUCUUAUGUAUUAUAUGUGGUAUUGUCAGUCUAAGACAUAAGCAGGGCCAUACUGAGUAUCCCCACACUCACCUCCAGUGACAAGCAGUCCCUCCCCCAGCAUCAGAUUAUACAGCGUGAGCAUCUGCAGAGAGAUGGCCUUAGCGCAUAGAGUUGUAAGUGUGAAGGCCCCUUUCAUGCAAACGUUUGUGCUGUAUACAUGGACAUCGAGGGGAGGAGUUACUUAGUGCAGGGGGGGUGCUACUGCUUGUGACCCUGUUCCCCUCUUGUGUGUGGGUAUAGUACACAUGGGUAUAGUACCUGAACAGAGCUAUUAUGAAAGGACAAGAGUUCUCACAUCACUCACUGUAUCUUUUAUCAAGUGGCAAGUUCUAUGCGAUGAGGAUGGCUCCCAUCCGUGCCUUGAGCUUCUCUGCUGCCAGGAGGAUGCUAACAUUUCAACCAGCCACUGGUGCUCUGCUUCUAACUGCUGCUAGCCAUGCAGACAUUGGCAGUUGAAAAUGUGUAUAUCCACAUUGUGAAAAGCUUUACUUGCUGAUUUUUGUACAUCAUGACUCAGUUUAAUAUUUCUAUCCCGCUUUUCCAACAACAAAUGUGCUCAAAGCAAUUCACAAUAAUCACAAACACAUUUAAAAAAGACAUUGUGGUAACUAUACUAUCAAACACAAUAACAUAUAAAUAAAGCAAGCAACUUUAUUUAAUGAUAAAAGCAAAAGAACAGACCAGGACAAUUUUUAUUUCCUGAUCAGUUGGCAGUGUUACCAACCAGCCAGUUAUGCUGCUUGGAGCAGCUUCACAUUGUUACCAGUACAACAGUCAUCAACCCACACUUCAUACUGCUAGUAUGAUAUCUUCAAAUAAUUUGUGCCUAGAUCACCUUCAUAUUGGACUACUGUAAUUCACUCUGCAUGCUGUGCCAAGCCAUUAUUGCCAUAUCUGAUGGGGUCAGCAAACUUUUUCAGCAGGGGGCCGGUCCACUGUCCCUCAGACCUUGUGGGUCGGACUGUAUUUUUUUUGGGGUGUGUGUGAAUGAACGAGUACCUAUGCCCCACAAAUAACCUAGAGAUGCAUUUUAAAUAAAAGGACACAUUCUACUCAUGUAAAAACACGCUGAUUCCCAGACUAUCCGCAGGCCAGAUUUAGAAGGCAAUUGGGCCAGAUCCGGCCCCUGGGCCUUAGUUUGCCUACCCAUGGAUUAGAUGAUCCGCCUUGCCCUGAAAAAAACCCUCCCCCUGAUUCCGUAUAAGAUUAGGACUUGUGAAAAUUUGUUGUCUGUUGAACAUCAAGAGUGAUCUUUGUUCUUUACAAUUUAAAGAUUCUAAUUUAAAACUUUCUAGUGUAGGUUAUUUAGAGAAUAGACUCUUUGUUUAGUUUUAUUCUUUGCUAACUUCCCCCUUGUUCCUUAUUUCUCCAUCCUUAACCUCAGUAAAGCUUCUUAAGCUGAUAUUUUGAAAUCAGUAACUGGGGAGUUACUUGGUAGCUGUCUCUUCCAAGAUUGAAAAUUCACCAGCAGCUCUUGGAGUUUUGUUUUGUUUUUUUGCUCAGGAGGCAGAGUAGAUUGAGAGGUGAUGGCAGAUGUGUAAGCUGGAGUGUUACAGCUUGGUAUUGCCUUCAAGCCAGUUGAGCAUAUUUGUAGCACCAUCCCCAUGCAUGCAUUCCCCAUGCAUUUGGUUCAACAUCUGAGUGCCUUCUUCAUGUGCUACCAAUAACUGAAGUGCAGUUGCUAUACAAUAGAAGCAUGGCAUUUUUAGUAGUGGUGUCAGAUUUAUGGAGUGUCCUUCAGGAAUGCACACCUCCCCCAAACCUCAGGGAAAAUAAGUAUCAUUUUACUACUUUGUAGUUUGAUAUUUCUUAUUCUGGUGAUUUGUUUGUUUGUAUUUAGUAAGUAAGUAAGUAUACCACCCGUCAUCCAAGGAUCACAGGGCAGUUUACAGUAUAAAAACCUCAAAAAUACAUAAUAUAGUAACAAUACCCCCCUCCCAGUUUAAAAGGCCAUAGGUUGUUUAAUUAGCCACAGCCCACUGCAGAUAUAAUAGGUUAUAUCUUUUUAAAAUAACAUUAAUAAAAAUAUAGUAAUCAAGCUGUUUAAAGUAGUGGCCUACUACACUAUGGGACACAAUAUUUAGCCAAUCACCAUUGUGUAAAUUCAGAUUCUACUCCAGUAAAUAAAGAUUUUCCUGGUCCUUGGGAAGAUGGAUACAUGUGUGUUACAAGUCCGGUGAGUAUACUUCCGUAGCAGGCUCACUACCAAAAUGAUGUACAUCAAUACACAUACAUUUUGUUACAGUCAAAUGUAUGUUUCAAACGUUUCAAUUUAGGGUAGUAAACAGACACCAGAGGUAUUCCAGGGAAUUUAGAAUACUGGGCUAUUGCCUUCUGUUGUCUGAUUGUUGUAUGAAUCAUUAACUUUAUUGGAUUAGGAUCUUAGCUGAAAGUAAGUUCUACAAAGAUACACUGAGAAAAUAUGGACAACAUAAUGAAUUACUAUCUAACCUGGCCCACCUUUACAUAAUUUCGUUUGAUUAUUGCUGAGUGCCUAUAUGCUGAUGGAAUAAUUGUGGAAGGGGACAGACAAAAGACUAAGGGACCAUUUCUUUUGUUGUAUCUUGUAUUUCUGUUCGAAUCAUUGUUUACAGUUUUCAGAUUUAACUGAAAAUUUUACUUCAGAGUUAAAGAGGCCCAAAGAGAGUAUGAAGACGCCACAGAUGAAUUUCUUAGAAGAGAAGCCCCGUCUCCUAUUCCACAAUUGCCUUUAACCGUACGUUUCUCAUUUAUUGAAUAAUUUCUUUGGGUUCUGUUGUUGUUGUUAGAUUAUUGCAACACAAUAUGUGUGGUGGGCAGGCAUAGUGCAUUAAUGACUUACUGUCCUCUUGAACUCAACCCAGCCUCACCCCUUCCUUUGUCUUGGAAAAUCCCUAUUGCAGGCCUGCAUUAAGAACCUUGCCAAGGAGUUGGUUCUAAAAGCUGUUUUCCCUCAUAAUAACCAGCCAGAUUUUCUGGUUUAUCAUGAUUUACUGUGAGUUAAUAGCAUGCUAAUGCAUGUUACCUGGUUGUUCCCAUGCACCUGCAUGGAACCUGAAUUCUGUAGUAAAGUUUCAUCAAACACAUAACCCACAAAGAUUUUUGGUAUAUUUAAGACCUACGCUCAUGUUGCAUCUUUGGGAGGAGGACAGAGUUACACGCAAAGCACACAUUGCCUCAGCCACUGUUCAGAGUAAUUAGAUUAUGUUCAUGGGUAUAGCUGGGGGCAGAUGCCCCCCUUAAAUCAAGUAAAUAAAUAAAAAUAUUUAACUAAAAGUAGAAACUGUAGAAAGAUUUUGACAGACUUUUCUGAGCACUUGCGAUCAAAAGGAAGUAAUUUGAAAUAAUUGUUGUUCCGAAUCAGCUAGACGGAGCCAGACAGAGGAUGAUGACAGGUGGGUGUCCUGCCCCCCCCCCAAAUCCUGGCUGCCGCCCCCCCAACAACAAAAAUCCUAGCUACGUCCAUGGUUAAGUUCAAAAUUCCUGUCACCUCCAGAAAAGCAGAAGAUUCUACUUAAGCCAAAGAGGGAUCUAGAGACUCAAGCAAAAAUGUCAUGGAUUCAUACUUGCAAAAACAGUGCCAUUUGCUAAUGCCCUCACUGCUAAUGUUGUGUUUUGAUAAAAGGAUUGUGCAUCUAUACUCAGUACUAGUUGUCUCUGUGUGUACUGCGCUUUUUGGUAGGUAUUUCUGGCCUCUGAGUAUUGUGUUUGUGUCCGUUGUGCAAGUGGACUAGUGUCCAGUUUAUGGAAUUGCAUUUGAUUGAUAGAGAUGGUUUUGAUCCUAAAUGCUUCCCUUUGCUUUCUCAUAAUAACGUGUAACAAAGUUACUACAGUUUAGAUUUGUAGUAAUUUCAGGACCCUAACUGGCCCCCUCUUUUAGGAUAGAUCUCUGCAAAUCUGCUUCCCUUGCCCUUUCCAUUUUUCUCACCCUAGUAAAUUUAUUUGGAUCCCUGGGUACGAUUCAAUUAAGUUGUGUUCAUGGAAUGAGGUCCACUCACACAACAGGGCUCCCCCACACUCUGCUCCCUGUAUGCCCUCUGAACCCCCUAAAUCUGCUUUGGGCAACCCACCAAACAGAUUUUAAGGGAGGCAUGGGGAGGAAAAGGGGUGAAGUCUCGUUGCAUGAUCAGACCUCAUUUCAUGCAUGCAUGUUGAAUUCUGCCCCAUCUCGUUGCAGAACUGUACUAGUUGAAUGAGCUACACUAUUGUAAACUUAAGAUAGUGUGAAACAGGGAGCUUAGAGGCAAGGAAGUGUUUAAUAGGAAAGUAGUUGGCUCACUUUCCUGCCUUGAGUGAGAGAUCAGCGUUCUUUAUUGUUUCCUGUCUUAGUAGGAAGUUGUGUCUUGAACUGGUACAAAAGUUUAUAUAAAGCAAAAUCCUAGAAAAACCCAUGCAUAUACUUUGGUCAUUAUGAAUAUUUUAAUUAUCAAAAAGUGUUCACGGGCAUAUGUGUUUCAAGAAUAACAUUUAGCUUUUAAAAACUCAUGCAUAGCCAUCAAUAGGUUGUAUUGGAGGCAAAUGGUGUUUCAGUCAGCACCAGAGAAGCUUACAGUUGCUGAUGAUUCUCAGCCCCUAUUGACAUCAGCAGCCCUUACGUGUAUUGCAUCUACCAACCAGCCAGGAAGUGCUCAGUAGCCUGGCGCUGAAUGAAAUGACCUCUCCCAGCAGUUAUCAGUAAAAACAUGCUUACCCUCACUGGGUGCCACUGCAAACAAAUGAUUUCUUGUUCUAUUUUGUGAUUAUUUCUUGAUUUCUAUAACAUAUUUUUGUUGCAUUUCCCCCACAGAUGAACAGUGAGCAGAAACAAAUAAGAGUAAGUGUUGUUUUUUUAACUUGUUGCAAGAUUCUGAUAGAUUCUUUCUAAAGAGUGUGUACAUAAGGAAUUAGAAAUUAUGUAAAUACAGUGGUGCCCCGCAAGACGAAUGGCUCGCAAGACGAAAAACUCGGUAGACGAAAGGGUUUUGCGUUUUUUGAGUCGUUCCGCAAGACGAAUUUCCCUAUGGGAUUGCUUCGCAAGACGAAACGUCUUGCGAGUUCCUUCGAGUUUGUUUCCUUUUUCUUAAAGCCGCUAAGCCACUAAGCCGUUAAUAGCCGCUAAGCCGUUAAUAGCCGCUAAGCCGCUAAUAGCCGCUAAGCCGCUAAUAGCCGUGCUUCGCAAGAUGAAGAAACCGCAAGACGAAGAGACUUGCGGAACGGAUUAAUUUCGUCUUGCGAGGUACCACUGUAUGUCCAAUAUCUAGUUGCUGAUCUCUAUAUGGAGAAGUAACGUAGGCCUGGUUUGCAGGUCACAGUAAGCCAAACUAUGGUUUACUGGGACCAUGUGAACAAGUGAGCUGCUUUUCCCCUCCCUAGUAUUCUUUACUCAUGCACUGUGUGCUGAGCUAAACCAAUAUAAUUUAUGCUGUUUUGUAUUCUAGGUGUUAGAUUAUAUAGUCAAGCAACUUUUACUUUUUUGCUAAUACAUUUUUUGCAUUUAACUGUUCAUGAUCAUUUCAUUGUCAUUGUCAUUGUCAUUUCAUUGUCAUUGUCAUGUCAUUUCAGAACAACUAUCUCUUUUUGAAGAAUUGUGUUGAAAGUAAUCCAGUAGUGCCUAUUCAGCAAGAGUGGUUAGAGUCCAUGCUCACUUUGGUACCUGAUAAUCUAAUGGAAGGCAAGGGCAGAAUGAAAUUGGUGGAGGAGCUCUUAGCUGAGAUAACAAAUGAUUAUGAAAUGAGCAUGAAGAGAUACAUGGGUGAGUUCCACUAGCAAUAUUGUCUCAUGUCUAUACAAGUUAUAUUCCACCUUAUGUUUAUGUUGAUACUGCAAAACAUCCCUUAGCAAGUUAUUUUCCCCAUAUAUACCUACAAAUGCUUUUGUAGAACAUAAAGCAUAUUUUAUAGCUGGUAUUUUAUUUUAGAGGAGCAGUAAUGUAAAUCAAACAAUAAUAGCUUUCAGCUACAUAAAAUCUUGACAAAAGAGGUACCAAAAACUACAUUAAUUUUUGUCUUUGUGACGUUUUCUGCAUUCUAAUUUUCUUCAAAGCAUGCUUUUAUUUUUGUUCUUCGUAAUUGUUGGUAUUCGCAUAGCACAUCACAUACAUCACCUCAGUACAGUAGCACCUCUGCUAAUGUUACCGUCGGGUAACAUAAACUUUGGAUUUUGAAAGCGGCAAACCUGGAAGUGUUUCACCGCGUGUACAUGCUCAGAAGCACUCUACCACACCACGCACAUGCGCAGAAGCGGUCCCUCUGAUUGCAGAAACCUCGGGAUCCGACCGGAGCCCCGGAACGGAUCCUGUCCUCAACCGGAGGUACCACUGUAGUGCUGUCAACAACUGUAGUAAUUUAUUUAUUUUUUUACUUUUAUAUCCUGCCUUUCCUUCAAUGACCCCAAGGCAGUGCACAUAGUUCUCAUUCCCAUCUUACAAUGAUCCUGAGAAGUAUUUUAGUCUGAGAGAUAGUGAGUCCAUGGCCACCCAGGGAAGUUCAUAGUCCAGCAUUCUAAAUAACUUGCAUCUUUAAGCAAGUGUUUGGUUCUGGGGAUCCACAUGUAAAUGCAUGCUUACCUGGCUUUGAGAAGGAGGUAUGAGGGUUCUGGCAGUGUUCUAGAGCCAUGUCCCCACUCAAUUCACCAACCCUGGUAAGCAGGGCGCCAGGCUUUGGGGAGAAGCCAUGAGAACUCUAGGACACUGCCAGAGCCCUCACGCUUCCUGCCCAAAGCCUGGUGCCUGCCUUACCCAGCUUUAGCAAGGAAGAAUUAGUGCUCUGACUGCAUCCCACAGCAUUCACUUACCCCUUCCCAAAGCCGGGUAAGCCUUUGAUUGCAGCUCUGCAUGAGUGGGUUUGGGAAUAAAUAAAUGGAGAGUAGGUUUCUUCCACUCUUCAUUUAUUUAUUCCCCACCCCUCCUACCUGCGCAGAGCUGUGAUCACGUAAGAUAGCUCAGUUGGUAGAGCAUGAGACUCUUCAUCUCAGGAUCAUGGGUUUGAGCCCCACAUUGGGCAAAAGAUUCCUGUAUUGGAGGGGGUUGGACUAGAUGACCCUCAUGGUCCCUUCCAACUGUACGAUUCUAUGAUUUAGUGAUUCUAAGGUGCGAGUUACCUGUACUACACCACUGCCAUUAUUAUCAUCCCUAUAUUGUAGGUGGGGGCUGAGGCUAAGAGAUGGUGGUUUACCUGCUUGUGGGUUUUCCAGGGGUAUUUGGAUGACCCCUGUUGGGAACAGGAUACAAGUGAGUUCAUAGUUAAGGCAAGACUUGAGCUUGGGAUUUUAUAGUCUCCACACUGCUGUCAGACUAGUGUUCGACCGAGUGACUCCUCCGGUCUAUUCCUCUGACGAUGAUUAACAACCUGAGCCUUUGCUAAGGCUCCAAGCACGUUCCCCCAUUAUGCAGAGUAUCCAGCACAGGGAAGGAUGAGAUAGUAUGAGCUACAUGGCUAAAGAGUUUUAUUUCUCGCUACGCAGACAGAAAAGAAACAUCCUCUCUCUGUGAGAGCAGAGAGCAACUGAACAACAAAGGAACAGGAAACCAGUAACAUCACAUCCGUCUCCUGUCUUCCGUGAGACUUCCAACAGUCUGGAAUGUCUCUGGAAUGCAAAACAGAGUCUUGUGAUUCCAAGAGCACUGCACAGUGGCAACACACAGAAACCAACAUCUGCACCCAUACUUGACACAUGUCAAUAUGUUUUUUUUAAAAAAAAACCAAAUCUCUGUUUACUUAACAAAUGUGCUAAUAUAAAAUGUAUAAGCUGUUUUCCCGUAGUACCUGAGGGAACACAUUAAAAAAUGUAACAGUCCUGUUGAUUUGGUUAGUAGGAAAUAAAAAAAAUAAGGUACCAUUCUUUAAAGUAAUGUUUCCUAAUUUAUAAUAUUGCUACUCCCUUCAGUUGUAUAAAUGUUACAAUUUAUACAUAUGUUACAGUGCGAAGUGUUCUUGUCAAACCAAACGUAAAAUUGCUUGAAUAUGAGAAAGAGGAACCUUUGCCGGUUGAACCUGUGUGAGUAUAUUAAAUUAAUGAAUGCUUUAGGGUCUAAUCAACCCACCAUUUGAAUGUAUACCCAGUACAAGGCACCCUACUCACAUCUGUAGUUUGCUGGUGGCUAAUAUUGAGAUGGUAAUUCACUAUGAGCUGGUUUAGACAUAAUACUAAGUCAUAGUUUUGUGUUGGAGACAUGGGCCUACUCUUACUUCCCCUGCUUUAGUGCAAAUAUAAGGAAGAGAUUGGAAGCACCCCCCCUGUUUUUUGCUAACCAAGUUUGUCAUUAUGUCCAAACUGGGAAUUGCAAUUAGUUUUAACUAUGAUUGAUCUGAGCGAUCUAUGAUUGUAAACCAUGGUUUCAGCCAUAUUUAAAAUUAACUACAGUUUGUCCCAGUUCAGACAUAAUGACAAAUUAUGGUCAUUUGAAAACAAAGAGCAGAUUUUUCCAAUAUAAUUUCAUAUACGUUCCACAUCAUUAUUCCAUUUGAGUGAGCAUAUGCAGUUGGAGCAGCAAAAAGAUCACUGGAAUAUGAGGCUAGGGGUUGAAAAUAUAAUCUCUUGAAAAUUGAGUUUCCAUGUCCUUGUAUGGAGAUGGUAUUAAAAUGCAUUAAGACCAUGAACAUGAAAUUAGUUACAGCGGGCGGUGUGGGCGGGUUCUGAGGAUGUGACCCUGGGCAACAAAGAGAGGAGGGGAUACACUGGCUGCAGCUUUAAUCACAACUUUUGUGAUUAAAUUUGUGGAUGCCAUGUGCAAGAACUAAAGUAUGCCUUAGGCCUAUAACAUCACCAAAGAGAGCAUACUUUUUCAGGUGUCUGCUGAAGUGAAUGCAACAUGUGCAAGAACAUGAUGUUGCAAUACUCCCACUCUUUUAAAUGGGUCCUAUGCAGGAAAAGCUAAGGAAAAGUUGCCUCUGCUAGGACCUGGCAGAUAUUAAAAUGAGCAAUGCUGUGGCUUGGAGUUGAGUACUCCAUUGUGAUGGAUAACCACAAACUGAAACCUCUUUUUUUUAAACUGGAUACGUUUUAUUUUUUAUUGGGAAACACAGCACUGUCUUUAAAUGAUCUGAAACAUUUAAUGUGCUGCAAUAGUCCCCCCCAUCCCCUUUAUUUAUAGCAUUUGAAUUAAAUGAUUGAGAUUAUUGGAAUGUCAGCUUUUGAAACCACAGAGAGGCAGUAUGCUUCUUAAUACCAGUUGCUGGAAACCACAGGUGGGGAGAGAAUGGCUGCUCACCCUUCCCAGGUGGGUGGUGGUUGCGGACCUUCGCCCCCAUCCACCAAAGCCAGCGGCAGAAGCCCAUGUGCUUGCCAGCCAUUAAGUACUGAGCUGGAUUCCCUGCCAGAAAGUCAAAACUAAAUGGGCCAAUUAGAGGCCCUGCUGGAGGGGCAGUGCCUUGCCGCCUGGCCAGCCAUUCAUUGGCUGUGUGCCAUGCCCACGCAGGCAGCAAUGCACAAAAAGCCGGCUGUGGCUGCUCUCCGCAGCACAGUUGGCCAAAGAGAAUACUGUUGCACUGAAAUCUUGCUUGUGGGCAUCUCAUAAGCAUCUGUUGCUGGGCCAGAAAGGCCACUGGCCUAAUCAAGCAGCCUCUCCUUCUGUUCUUAUGCUAGAAGUGUGCACUCUGUCCUCUUAGCUAGAAACUUUCUGAAUAUUGAGGAAUCUUAAGCAGUUGGUGAAAUGGUGCAGCUUAGAUUCUGGCUCCUUGGGUGAGGAAUAUGAUGAACCCCUUGCCUGAAAAGUGAGUUCAUGUACAAGCCAUCUUCAUACAUUGGUGAUUUUAAAGGCAAAAAUUAUGUAUGAUCCACUUCUAUUUCCGAUUAAGCUUUGUUACAUGGGCUUCUGUUUAAAAGCUUAAUUUUAUUCAUUUCCUCCUCUCUCAGAGGAUUAGACUUUUCCAGACCCUGGCAUAAAAGCUUUCUACAAGCAAGAAAACAGAUAUUUGCAAAUCUACAUAUUCUGCACCCAACUCUAAGAAUUUUACUGGAUAUUGGUUACAAAACCUUUUCAAAGUUACUUGUAGUAGAUGUGUCAAAUUUCAGGUAAAGAUGUUGUUGCAUUAAUAUUCUAAAUAUGGUGUGUACGUGUAAUUCUAAUUAGAUUCACAUAGCAUUAAACUGUGGAAGACAGGAGUGCCUGGCGUGCUCUGGUUCAUGGGGUCACGAAGAGUCGGACACGACUAAACGACUAAACAACAACAAAGCAUUAAAUUGCAGUUUAUUUUAUGUAAAAAUUAUAUUUAAUGUGUCAUACUAAGACCACAAUUCCUAUUGAAUUUCAUUAGAUUUACUCCCUAGUAAGUGAGUUUAAGGCUGUAGUCUAAUAUCUUUACAUGCUAGUCAUGUAAGGCAGCCAAAAUGAAAUGUUGCUGCACUUAUGAUAUCCUAUAACUAUUAUUUUCCUAUAUAUUAAUGGCAAACUCAUUCUCUCUCUGGAUCCUUAUAUAGUCAAAGGGGCACCCCUCAUGCAAAAGAGUGAGGUAUUGGCAGUCUUGGGGGAAACUCCAAGGUUUUCAGAAGUACAAAAAUAUUUAGGGGAAAAAACCUAAGUGGGAGGGAAACCAAAAACAGCCCUAUGAGUACUGACCACGCUCAGCAGACACAAAAUGCUGACUGUUGAGAGACUAACAGAAAACUGAAAGGAAAUGGGGAAUGGAAUGGAGUGUCCUGGAAGUGGGUAUUACCAGUUGACUGGAACCCUGAAUAGGAGCAUGUCAUACUGCAAUGUUUUGUUGAAGAUCCUAUUUGUGUUAUCUUUGGUUUGGAGGCUUGGUUUUUUGUUUUUGUUUUUUGCAACUGAUGUGAUUAAGAGUCUUGAUAUAUAAGAUAUGGGCUCAGUAUUUAAUUCUUUAACAUGACGUUUUCAUUGUGUAUACUGAUCACAUUUUUUCCUGAUAAGCAACAUAAUUAGAUGUGUUUCAAUGCAGUUUCCCUUUCCAUACCAGUCUUCUCUUCUUAAUAUAUAGGUCGAGGGGCCCAAUUGAGUAUGAAUCUCUUCAGAAUGAUGUGUCUAUAAACUGCUUAAAAACUGAAGAAAAGUUAUUAAACACAUGGUACCCGAGGGUUAUCAAUCUGUUCACUAGAAAAGAAGCCCUGGAGGGUGUAAAGCCUGAUAAAGUUGAUAGUUUCUAUAAUUGUGUGUCUACACUUAUGUCUAAUCAGGUAACACUAAUUUUUCAUGUCAGUAACAAAUGUGUGUCCUAUCCAGAGCUUCUGUUGUCCCACUGUGCAUCUUCAGAAGUCCUGAGUUCCCAGAUAAUUUUAACAGACAAAGAACCCUCUGCCUUUGUUGAAAUGCAUGCAAACCCUCUUGUGGAAGAAGUAGAGCUUUGUGUGUGAAUCAGAAAUUCUGCACCUGCUUUACUCUACUUCUAUAGUAUGUACUACUUUUGCAGCAAGAAAGUGGGAGAAGGGAACAGUAGGGUUGCUAUAUUUCAAGAACUAAAAGUCCAGACACAAAAGUUGUUGAGCGUUUUUGGGGAAGUCAACAAUGAAUUUGUAUUGGAUAUAAGUUUGUUAAAACUUUUGAAAACUAAGAAAAAUUAAUUGGCAAAAAGAAAAAGAAAAAAGAAAUUCUGUACCUGCAAAAGUUCAUUGCUUCAGGGUGCGGGUGUAUGUGUGUGUGUGUGUGUGUGUGUGUGUGUGUGUGUAUAUUCUGCAUGAAACAAAUUAGCAUUUUAGUUAAUUUGAGCUCUGAGUGUUUCAGCAGAUUAGCAGGUUAUAAAUGGUUUAAAUUAAUAAAUGCAAUUCUCUACCAGUGAGGGCCCCAAAGCAGACAUAAUAUUUAGGCUGCACACCUGCCAGAGAAGUGGCAGCAGAGAAUCCCCUCCUGUUAGCACCUGCAGGGGUGGUACAGAUGGUUCCUGUGGUUUGUUGCUCUAAGUUUUCAUGCUUUACUUGAAAUUUCAGAAUUUGCAUUUUCAUAUACUUUGGAAUUCUUAAUGCUGAACUAGAAUUUAGGCCUGGUGUAUCAGAAUAAUUAUUUAGAUGUCUCUAAAAUACUUGUUUGCAUGAACUUGCUAUGAUUGGGAGUGGGGGUUAGGUUUAUGUGGUUAUUUAUUGGCCACGUGCAAUGAAAUUUACCUGUGAUUUAUGUAUUUUUUAGCUAAAGGAAUUAUUGAAAAGAACGGUUGAGGCUUAUGUGAAACUAUUUGAUCUUGAAGACCAAAGACGUCUGCCUUUGUUUAAGAUGGAGCUAACUUUUGAUGAUGAGAAAAUGGACUUCUAUCCAUCCUUUCAAGAUCUGGAAGAUGCUAUUUUGUUUAUAGUUCUUUUGAUUUCACAGACUCUGCAGGUUGUUUAAUCUGUUGUUACUUUAUCUCAUAAAUUCUUUAAUAAUUUAAGUAACUUACACCUCAGGCCUCAUAUUCUAUAUAUUUCAAUUGAACACAGGUAAUCAUAAAUGUUACAUGCCAGCUCCACUGUGGAAUGUAUUCAUUAGUCAUCUGUAGCAAAAAGCAAGGGUUUUCCCAGAAGGGAGUUUGUUGUGAAAUCCCUGCUGCUGAUGCUUAGACAUUUAUUUUUUUUGCAUUGUCCCCACAACAUCAUUGUCAUCAAAUGCCGGCCCAUACUUUUUAUUCAUUUUAGCAGAUUGAGCUCUUCUGCAAAAAAUCAAAUUAAUAAAAAUUAUUAUACAGUGGUACCUCGGUUUUCUAACGUAAUGUGUUCUGGAAGACCGUUUGAGUUCUGAAAUGUUCGAAAACCAAAGCGCAGACAGUCACAAAAACAAAUUGGUUGCAAGAGAGCGCCUGAGAUUAGCAGAAGCCACGUGGCAUGUUUGACUUCUGAGGCGUGUUCGAAAACUGGAGUAUUUCUGGGUUUACGGCCUUCGAAAACCGAAAUGUUCGUCGACGGAGGCGUUCGAAAACCGAGGUACCACUGUACAUCCACAGUCACUGUGGGGUGUGGAGCCUCAUUAACACAUUUUUGGGGUUGGUGACAUUCUGAUGGGUGUCCUGUGUCAGCGCUCCCAACUUCUGUUUGCUGCUUAUCUCAGCAUGACCAAGACAUUUUGUUUCUGGCAGACCAUAUGUGCUGAAAGCACACCCAUAUUUCAGCAACCUGAUUUGAAGAAACUAUUCUCUCUGGAGAAAACUGUAAACACAUUGUGCUUAAAAAAAAUGGCGGUCAUGUACAUGACCUCAUUAUUAGUAUUGCAUUAUGGCUGUGGUUUAUUCGGGGGGUGGGAGAAUGUGUGAUUGUGCUGGUAGUGGUAAGGGCUAUUCCUAUGGGGUGUUCCUAAUUCUUUGGGGCGUUGUCAUCCAUCUCACUCCAAACUACAGACUGAUAUACCUAUCACUCUGGUUCAAGACCUCAGUAUUAAAAUUUAAAAAACAAACAAAUGGAAAUUGAUAUUCUCCCCUUCUCCCAGAAUACAGGCUUCCAUUUUGCCUAAAGAAAGAUAUCUAUUCUUGUGCUGUUGUGCAUUUUUUAAAGGGGAAAAUGUGCCUAUACACAGAUGCAGAAAUACCUGCACAAAUGUCAGAAUGGAAAAGGGUAGUGGAGGGUGCGGUAGGAGCAGUUGAGGGUACAGACAAAAUAACAGAGCCCAGACACAUUCUGUGAAGCUGCACCCAUUGGGCAUGAAAUGUCUGAUUAGCAGCAAAUAUCCAAACGGAAUGUGUGGAAUGUAACAUGUUAAUCAAGCACACAUAACAGAACCUGAACAGCCCAUUUGUACUAUAAAGCUUCCAUUUGAAAGUAUCCAAAGUGUGAUGGCAGAAUCUGUAGAUGAAGCAAAAUAGCUGAACAGUCAAAUCUGAAACAAAUUACAAAGAGGCUUAGAGAACAAUUUGAUUUAAAAAAGCAAUGUGCAGCAUGUUUACUCGCAAGUAAUUCUAAGUGCAUAUUAAAUUAAUGUUGAUCACUAUAAGGUGAUAUAAAACUUUUCUAAAAGUUGAGUUAUUCUUUUGGAUGUGUUUUAAGGAAUCAUUGACAAGUUUAUUUAUUAUUGCUUGUAAUCAUUAUGAAAUUGCAGUUUAAAGGCCAUAAAGAACUCUUGCGUGUUUUGAACAGAAUGUCCAGGCAGUACAUUCCUGGCUAGCCGGUGGGACCACAGUUGCAACUAUUGAUACGGAACUUCCUGAGCAUGUUAUAUCAUGGGCAAACGCUGUACUGAGGGAAGCCAUUAAUGAAAACUUGAAAGGGCCAAAAGCACAGUUGGAGUAUUAUUGUAAGUCAUUGUAAGUGGAGCUUUGCAAUAUAGUGGUCUCAAAAUAACCUUGCAAAAUAAUAGUUAACAAACUUUUAUUGUGAUGGUUGCUUUGCAGUGGACAAAUAUGGCUGGCUAGUAGAUGGGACUGCAGAUGAUCGAAUAAGAGAAUUUGUAACUGAGGAGCAUAGUUUUGAUGAAUAUACAGAGGUAAUUUUCCUAUAUAAUUACAGGUAAAUCCAGCUUGCAAAGCUGUAGUUAGGUAUGUUUUGUCUCUGGAUUUAGCAGUCUUAUGCCCACUGCACCCCCUUUUAGACAGCCACAUGUGUGUGACUUCAGUUGUGAAGCACAUAAGUAACAUUUCUCUUCUCCCCCACACUCUUUCCCAUGCUUUACAACUGUUUAUAUUUUUUGAUAUGUUAGAUCAACCCCCCCAUGUUUUCCAGCCCUGAUUUUAAAAAACCUAUUCUUUUUCUUUCUCAUUUAAAUCAUGACAUCAUCAUGCCUGUAGGAAUAAAAUGGUGUUUGAUUCUGCUGCCCUAGGGCUGAACACAUUUACAUAGGAAGAAGUAUAAUUUUGUUGCAACAAUAUUUUUUUAAAAAAGGAAAAAUAAUUAAAUUAACCCCCAUAAUCAUGUACAUGUCUGUCCACUGCUUCCUGCCUGUAAUAACAACAACAACAACAACAACAACAACAAUAAUAAUAAUUUAUUAUUUAUACCCCGCCCAUCUGGCUCGGUUUCCCCAGCCACUCUGGGUGGCUUUCAACAGAAUAUUAAAAUACAAUAGUCCAUCAAACAUUAAAAGCUUCCCUAAACAGGGCUGCCUUCAGAUGUCUUCUAAAAGUCUGGUAGUUGUUUUUCUCUUUGACAUCUGGUGGGAGGGCGUUCCACAGGGCGGGUGCCACUACCAAGAAGGCCCUCUGCUUGGUUCCCUGUAACUUGGCUUCUUGCAGCGAGGGAACCACCAGAAGGCCCUCGGCACUGGACCUCAGUGUCCGGGUAGAACGAUGGGGGUGGAGACGCUCCUUCAGAUAUACUGGACCGAGGCCGUUUAGGGCUUUAAAGGUCAGCACCAACACUUUGAAUUGUGCUCGGAAACGUAGUUUUAAAAGAGAAGAAAGAAGGCUGAGGUGACCAGCACCAACCCCGCUUCCAUGAACUCUGACAUAAUCAUACUGGCCCGGGUGCUGAUGCCAGGCCUUUUUGUUUGUGCCUCCCAUAGUCUGACCCCCUCUUGGUGGUUAUUAAGGAGCAGACUGGACUUUAGCCCCAAGCUCCCAGCAGCACAGCUGGCAGCUUGUGUUCUGCAAGAAUAGAUAAAAUGUAUUGGCUGCUAUUGGAACGCCCCUCAUCUCCUGCUCUCCAAGUCUAAUUCAGUUAUACUGUAUUAAAAGGCAGCGGAAGUUCUGAAGUUCCACAUUCUGUCCUAUCUGUAGCAAGAGAGAUGAGACAUUUUGGCAGCAGAGCACUGCGUGUAUGUGAGUGAACAAAGGGGAGACAAUAGGAGGCCAGAAAGAAGACUGCAGCAAUCCUUACAACCGCAUCAUUUUAUUAAGGGCAAUCCUCCAGGGAUUGCUUGGUUGGAUAGAGCAACGGAUGUGACUCUUACUUUUGUAUGGGGCACUGCAUUCCAGUCAUAGAGAAGCCUACACACACAAAUCCCUCCAGGCAAGCACGAAUCAUUAUCACAAUUCAAUGAUCCAUGCCAGCCAGGCAAAUUACUAAAGGAGGGUGUGGAGUAGGGCCAGUAAGAAAUGUUGCCUUGGCAGAGUCCUGAGAGCUGGACAGAGAAGUCUCAAGGGUCACAUUUGGCCUCCAUGCCUGAGGUUUCCCCCUCCUGGUACACUGUAUAGGAUUGUGGUCCUAUUCAAGAACGUACAUGUUUUAAAGACUGCAGUUUAAAUUAACAAAUGUAAUGUUCUUUUGAAGUUUAUAGAUGACUUUUUCAGUCUUGCAAAGGAAAUAAUGAGCUUGCCAAUGAUUGCUCAUUUCCCUAUGGUGCGAUUAGACUGUGAAGAUUUGAAGCAAGGUUUGAGCGACAAGGCAAAGAGCUUUGCAAAUAAAUUAUUGUACGUAAUAGCAGAAAAUCACAAAUCGGAAAAUAAAAUGUAAGUAAAUCUUGCUAUUAAUCAUCUUUCACUUAAAAUAGCUUUUGCCAUAUACAUAACAUUGUUAAUUCCACCCCACCCCGCUUUGUGUAUUAUUCUCUAGAAUAAUGCUUGUAAUUCACUAUUGCUGCACACUGCGAUCCUGGCCUUAAGCUCUGCUGUAUGAUGUCUACAUAGUACAGUGGUGACUGUUGCCCUUUGGGGCUGGUGGGUCAGAAGGCAGGCUGGUCAACAGUAGUUGGAGCCAGAACCAAUGACAGGCAGAACCAAUGAGUUCUGCCAGAAGCGAGCCCGCAGUAAAUCACACGGAGUAGGUUCAGUUAACUCUUGAUUAGAAAAGCACUCUGUACAGGAGUGCUAGGCCUAAUGAGCACAGCGACUCUCUUCAGUAGGUCUUGCAGAUACUAAAGGUCCCUGCCUUCCUACAGCUGCCCAGGUCUCCUCCUCUCCAGGGUUUCUCCCAAGCCAUCUGAGACUAUACCAGUGUGCCUGCCUUUGGUCCUCCUGCUUCAUGCCUCUUAGUGUUUCUUAUUUAACUGCGGCUCUCUUUAUUUUCACAUUACUAGCAUUCUUGGUUUUGUAUUUAGCAUAUGUUUAACUGUCUUAUGUCAUAUUAAAUGCUGAUGAUUAUAAUACUGCUAAGCAUUUAGACGGUAAUUUUACAGAUAGUAAUUUGUGCUUUCAUAUAUUGUGAGCCACCUUGGAAGGCUUAUUCCAGGAAGAUGGCAUUGCAAGUGCUGAAAAUAAGUAAAUCUGUAAAUAAAUAAAAUUCUGUAAGCAAAACAGAAACAACUAAGUUUUAAAUGGUGCAAAAGACUAUGCAAAUAGCUGGGGAAAGUUUGUGAAGGGAGGCAGGUCUACUUUGACCUAAGGCAGGUAGCCCUGUGCCUUGGAAGAUGGUGGAGAAAUGUGCCAUCCAAUGUGUCAGUGAGAUUGACUAUCAAAGGCCAUUGAAAUGCAAGUUGGGACUGAGACAAAUAAUUCUGUCAAAGCUGCCUUCCAUAAUGGUAGGUGGAUGAACUGCUUAGAAUGGUGAUACAUUGCUUCCAAAUGAGUUAUUUUAUGGAUUCUGUAUUCUGUCUUGAAGUUUGAACACUAGGUGGCAGUCAUAGCCAUGUGUGUUUCCCCCCCAUCUUCAAAGCUGCAUUUCCAGAUACACUUACCUGGGAGUAUGCUCUGUUGAAUUCAGUAGAGCUUCUUUAAAUGCAAUUACUCCCCCCCCCAUUAGAUAAGUUAAAUAAUAAUGUUUAUGGUUCAAUGAAAAAAUAAAUUAUUUCUCUUAAACUGGCAUAUAUCAACAUAAUAUUAUUUUUUUUAGGAUAUGCAAGGAAUUUGAGACCAUCAAAGUACGUGCAUUAAAACCUCCCGAGACAACAGAAGAAAUGAUGGAAAGCAUAGUAUAUAUAGACAAGGCUAAAACCGUAGGAAUCCACAGUUUAUAUGAAAGGAUCAAGGUAAGGUAUCAAAUACUUUUAGGGUUGGGUUGUUGUUUUUUAAAACUAAAUGCACAAUGAUAGGUGGGAUGUUGAUUUAAAGCCAUUUAACUUCAACUGGCUUUUCAUUUUGUGCGGUUCCUUCUGCCUUUUGUCCCUAUGCGUACAGUAAGCGCCAGCAUAGUAGAACCCAAGAAGCUUUACUCACCAAGUAAACCUGCUCAGGCUGUACAGCUGCAACCCUAUCCAACCUGAGGGAUGGGUACAUAUAAUCCUCAAGGAAAUUACUGAACCAUUUUGGUUUGGCUUCUUUCCCCAACCUGGCCACAAGUCCUAGUGACUUUGGAUGGCUGGGCAAAGGAAAAACAAAUCUGCUGGACUUAACAUUAGGGACACACACACACACACAAUUAUGGGAUAAGAGAGAAGGGAAAACAAACAAUAGAAAGUUCUACAUGCACUAAAAGGGGAGGGGCUCUUUCCUUAAGACAUCUUGGGGUGGGGAGAUAGAACACAAGUAUGUACAGAAAUCCCAACUAUGCUGGGUUCUUGGGAAGGAAGGGGGGAAAGGAAGAUCCCACCAGUCUUUCUCAACUGAACUCUGAAGCAUCCCUUUCAUUGUCUCAGUAAAGAGAGAACAACCCCCAUCCAUCCAUCCAUCCAUCCAUCCAUCCAGGAGCAGGGUAAAGACUGCAUUGCCUCACUGCAUCCAGUUAGGAAGCUGCAUUAUCCCACUGGGUUCAGCUUGCCUUUUGAAUCUCUCCCCUUUAAAUAUGUGGGCUCUUCUGGGGCAGCAGCAGCAGCAGCAGCUCCUGUUUGCCGACCCAUUGUAUUUAGUUGCUGUUCUGGAGGGGAAGGUGGGCAGUGGGCCUAAGAGCAACUCAGACUGUCUGGUGGGCUAUAAGCUACUUGUGGGCCUCCUAGCAUGAGGCCUCCUUUGAGGAAAGAUAACUUUCGGACAGGCUGCAAGAAAUGGUGGCCUCUGUUAAUUUAAAAAUAGAUAUAAACUAUUUAACUAUUUACUUUUCUAGGAAAGUCAACGGCGAAUGAACUACCUCCUAGAUGUUUUUACCUUUGACCCAGAAGGCUUGUCAUUGAAUGCCACUGUCCUACUAUGGCCUCAGAAUAUUAAUCCCAUCUUUGAUGAAAAUGAUGAAGUAAAUAUAUGCAUUUUUAUAUCAGAUACUACACUAUGUGAAAAAGCAAUGCUUAGACUGCAGGGUUGGAAAUACUGGUACUCUUGAGAGCUGAUUUUGAAGCCUUCUGUGAGUCAUGCCUAACAUUAGAGGACAACUGAAGUUGGUCUGAUAUCGUGUAGUGUAGUGACUCUAGAUAAUGUUCACAAAUCUUGAUCCUCAUGGAUGCCUGCCACUAACUACUUCUCUGUCUUAUAGCUUAUUGAAAGGUCUAAACGUAAAGGUGAAAGUGACUUAUUGGCCAAACGUGAGAAACUGAUACUGGAAAUAGAUAGGCAAACUCGUCGUAUGCAUGAGUUUACAGAAUACCAGGAUUUGGAUCGCAUGCAACAGGUCUGUGGCACAUGGUGUAAAGGGGAUUUUUUACUUUGCAUAAGUAAUACACAUUAUUUGUGUGUAACGAUGAAGCUUUAUCUAUGUGCUAUAGUGCUAACUAAAUUUAGCACUUUGCUAUUGAACAUCAUAAUGGAAUUUCGUUGCUUGGAUCGGGGGUCACCAAUCUUUUUAGGCCCAAACCAGGAAAACUGUUGUGGGCACUACACAUACACCCUGCAGCCAUGCACACAUGACAACUGCAUAAACAACAUUCAUCAUAACCACUUUCUCACACUUUCCCCAACAGCAAUUAGUCUUGAAAAGAAGUGUUAUUGACUUUUUUCAAGCCUAAUGUAUGGGGAGGGAUCUUCCAAGAGAGUGCAUCUAUGGAGGUAAGAGUCAGCCUCCCAACCCUGAACUGCAGUCUCCAUGAAGAUCACUCCUCCGCACAACAAUUAGGCUUGAAAAUAGCCCUUUAUUGGAGCCAAUAUAAGACUUUAUCAAGCCUAUUUGCAGCAGGGAAGGGGUGAGUUAUUGAACCUUACCCAGCAAAAAAUCCAACAAAAUCCAUCCAUAAGAAUCCAACAGUAGCUCAUACAGUGGUUCACUAGUACACUUCCAAAUUCCACAUUGAAGCUCCAUUGAAUGGUAAAGGCAAAUGUAAAGGGCCCCUGGACUGUUAAGUCCAGUCACAUUUGACUAUGGGAUGCGGCGCUCAUCUCCGCUCUCAGCGUCUUUACCAGAAUGUUAACUGGCAUGGGUGGAAGCAUGAGGGCUAAUAUAUUUUCUCCUUGCAGGCACUCACUAGUCAUCUUCAUGUAUGAUAUUGAAGUAGCAGUCAGCUUUGCUCUAUUUGCAUCCUGCACCUUAUAGAAAGGGCAUUUGGUCCCAUUCUACUAUUCCAUGGUACUCAGCAGCAGAAGCUGGUAGUCCACCAUCAAACCACUCAUCUCACAAGCCACAGCUGUCAGUCUCUCAACCUCUUGAAAAGAUUAUUGCAUUAAACUAGGGGAAUUCACUAUUCACAUUUAUUUAGAAGUAAGUGCUAUUGAGUUCAGUGGGGCUUACUCCCAAGUACAUGCCUAACUGAAGGCUAGUGCAGUUGGAUUUGUCUGUUGCACAACAUUAAAACUCUCCCAUCUGCUAGCACAAGAGACUUGCACUCACAGGUGAGAAGAUUGGAUACAGCCUGUUGUCUUGUAAUGUUAAGGACUACUACAUUAUUAAGUGAAUUGCCCAGUAUUUCUCAAGAGAGAUAAAUCUGUUUCCAGUAUGUGACGGACAUGAGAACAAUGCAGAAACGCCUUCAAGAUGCUGACGAAACUGUUGCCUUCAUUAACAAGGAAGAAAAGCUUUUUAAUUGGGAGCAGACUGAAUACCCAGAGUUGGAGACCUUAAAAGUUAACAUUGAGCCCUACCAAAAACUUUUUGCUUUUAUAUUGAAAUGGCAGCGGACUGAAAAAAGGUAAUUAUAUAUACAGAAAGUGACUGAAAUUCUUCUUCACAUUAAGUAAUUCUGUUUGUCCAGAAGUGUGCAUUCCUGGCUAACGUAACAAGGCUGUAAUUCUUGGUGUCUUAUGGUUUAUAUUUUACUUCAUCAUGUUAUGUGAUGGGUUUCUUUUAUGACCCAUGAUGCAUUAAAAAUGUUUUGAUGCUUAUGUUAAAUUUGCAAUUUCUAUUCCAAUGUAGGAUUCAUUUUAUUUUUCUUUUGCUAGAUGGAUGGAUGGUGCUUUUUUAGAUCUCAAUGGUGAAAGUAUGGAAACGGAGGUAGAUGAGUUUUUUCGAGAAAUUUAUAAGACAGUAAGGUUCUUUCAACAAAAGCUAAAGAAAGCUGAACUAGAGAGAAAAAAGUCGCUGCAGCGGAGAGCAGUAGUAGAAGAGAGGGUAGAGGAAGAAAAGAAGGACAGCCCAACUAUUUCAAUGUGUACUGCAGUAAUGGAGCAAGUUAAAGAUUUCAAGGUAACUGGAGAUCUAUAAACAUAAGAUGGCCUUAACAUGGAAAAUGUUUUAGAGUCUGUUGUACAAAUAUUAUUUGAGCACUUGGAAAAAAUAUGUGGCCUCUUCAUGAAAGCUCACAAUCCCCCACAUCCAUAACAUUGAAUAAUAAGAUACAUUAGAAGUUCUUUGAAGAUCUAAGCUACGUCCAAGGGAUAGCUCUGUCGAUAGAAUAUAAGAUUCUUAAUCUGAGGGUUGUGGGUUUGAGCUCCACAUCAGGCAAAAGAUUCCUGCAUUGCAGAGGGUUGGACUAGAUGAUCCUUGUGGCCUCUUUCAACUUUACAAUUCUAGGAUUAAAGAUUUUAGAUGAAUAAAACAUAAUUUCCAAGUGAUUUUAGUUACAACGGUGACAGUUGUUUUGCAAUAUUUUUUUUCUCAACCAGGAAAAUAUCCCUUUGGUGACUAUCCUUUGUAACCCAGGCAUAAGGGCUCGUCACUGGAAACAGAUGUCAGAAAUUGUUGGCUAUGAUUUAACUCCAGAUUCUGGAACUACCCUAAGAAAGGUUUUAAAGCAGAACUUGACCCCUUUCCUAGAGAAAUUUGAAACUAUAAGUAUGGGAGCAAGCAAGGUAAGAACAAGCAUAAACUUUUCUGCCCCAGCACAGAUGAUUUAUUAUUUAUUUAAAAGACUUCUAUUCUGCUUCUUAGGACAGUUGCUUCAGAAAGUGAUGUGCAGUCCAUAAAACUGUCAAAAUUGUUAAUUUAACAAUUGAGUUAAUAUAACUACCCAGCCUGGAUAGCUCGAUUGGUUAGAGCGUGGUGCUGAUAAUGCCAAGGUUGCAUGUUCAAUCCCCAUAAGGGACAGCUGCAUAUUCCUGCAUUGCAGAGGCUUGGACUAGAAGAUCCUCAGAGUCCCUUCCUGCUCUACAAUUUUAUGGUUCUAAUACAAGAUUUCAUAUAUCUUUAAAAACCCAUUGCAUUUGAACAAUAAAACUAUUGGACAGUAGCUUCAUUAUCUGAUAUCCCAAUUUAAACACCAAUUAUAAGCAGGCCAUUUAAUGUCCAUUCUAAAAAGAUGUGUCUUCAAACAACGUUUGAAGGAUAUCAGAUAUGAUGAAAUUUCAUACAUAAGAAUCUGUCUGAAAUGAAUAAUAAUAAUAACACCAUUUAUUUCCCUAUGAUGUAGGAAUUCUCAUUAGAGAAAGCAAUGCACACUAUGAUGGAUACCUGGGAUUCAAUUUCCUUCCAAAUAAGCUUAUACCGUGAGACUGGUGUUAAUAUUCUGUGCGCAGUCGAUGAAAUUCAGACUAUUCUGGAUGACCAGAUUAUAAAAACCCAAACAAUGAGGGGAUCGCCGUUCAUAAAGCCUUUUGAAAAACAAAUGAAGGUAUUUGUAAACUUUUAUUUAUACAGCUUCUUUUUAUUCACUUCCUUUGUAAAGUGUGUUUACAUAUACAGUACACUUUUGAGGCUCUUGAAGGAAGGUAACAAUUUCUCUUGAGACUUUUAAAAAAAACUUAAAUUCAUAAAUUUAUUUUCAGAUUUGUUUGUAUCUCAUCACACCCCAAGAAGCUUACAAUUCAAUUAUAAGAAGCAAAACAUUGUGUCAUUCAUGUGUUUAAAUCACUGCAACUAAAAUAUAACUCUACAUCUAAACUUGUUGGUUAGUUCAGAUGAAACUGAAACUCUGGUAAGCAUUAACCAUGGUUCAUGUCUGUCCUGAUGUAAACAUUAACCAUGAUGAAAGCUGGCUGGUGAAGUCAGGGGAAUUUUUUUGUGCAAGCAGGAAGAGAGUGGCUUUUUUCUUAGCCAUGGUUAAGAGGUCAGAAGUAGUAGCUCAGAUUGUCCCCAAAAUUAAAGAAUAAGGGACUUGCGAGUCGAAUGUUUUGGCUCCCGAACACUGCAAACUCAGAAGUGAGUGUUCCGGUUUUCAAACAUAAUCCAUUCUAGAAGAUGGUUUGAGUUCCGAAACGUUCGAAAACUAAAAACUCAAUACAGAAGUUGUGUGGCAUGUUCAGCUUCCGAGGUGCGUUCAAAAACCAAAGCAUUUAUUUCCGGGUUUACGGUGUUCGAAAACUGAAACAAUCAACGGAGACGUUCGAAAACCAAGGUACCACUGUGUAUAUAUAUAAGUUGUUUUAUUUUCAUGCCUUUUAUUUUUGUCUUUUGCUUUACAUGCUAUGGAUGUCUUAUGCAAAUAACUAUACUGUGUUUUUUAAGGAAUGGGAAGAUCGCUUGAUUAGGAUUCAAGAGACUAUCGAUGAGUGGUUGAAAGUACAGGCUCAGUGGCUUUACUUAGAACCAAUAUUUUCUUCAGAGGACAUCAUGCAACAGAUGCCAGAGGAGGGACGUCAGUUCCAGACGGUGGAUAGAUACUGGAAAGACAUUAUGAAAUACUGUGCCAAAGACCCCAAGGUGAAGUAGUAAUGAUGAGCCUGUAGUUAGCAGGUGAAACAAACCACAAGUUCUUAAACUAUGCACAAGAACAUUUCAGGUUCUUCUUCUUUCUUUUCGUAGCCAUUGUGCCCACCACAAAGGUCGUAUCUGCCAGAGAAUAUAAAAUAGCAGUCAGAAUUAAAAUCAAGGCAGUCCUUGUUAGCACACAGAAGAUCUUACACAUACCCUCAAACAGAGCUGUUUUCAGGGGCAGCUUGCUGGAACUUAGUUCCGGCACCUCAGGAGGGGGCCAUUGGGAGACAUUCAGGAUGAGUUCCUGCACCUCUUUUUCUAGAAAAAUAGCACUGCCCUCAAGGCUCUCUGUAUCCCAACCAUAUUUAUGAAUUCAAAGAAAAUGUAGACUGUAACUAAAAACUUCAGUAUACUUGAAACUAAAAAUUAGAUUUUAAAAACUGACAAAAGUUGUGGAUGAGAGUUACAAACAGGGGCAGAGAUCAGGUGGGCAAAUACAACCAGUACUCAUUGUCUUCAUUUCUCCCCAGUCUGCAAUAUGCUGGGGGUCUUCCCCACCCAGUUCACAUUCCCCACCCAGUGAAAUGAAUGGUGUGGCCUGCAGCAAAAAGGAAACAGCACUGCAGGCAAUGGAUGCAGGGCGGAACAGAAAACAAUGUCUUUUUAUAUGACCAAUGGAUUGAUAUUUUGUAUGUAUUACAAUUUUAUUCUCCACUGCAGUUGAUGUGCUUAUUAAAUACCCUGUUGUUUUUUAGGUUCUUGCUGCUACUUCAUUGACAGGCUUAUUGGAAAAGCUUCAGAAUUGUAAUGAACUUCUGGACAAAAUAAUGAGAGGACUGAAUGCAUAUCUUGAGAAAAAGCGUCUCUUUUUCCCUCGGUAUGCUGCUUGUUGAUUGUCAUUAAGCUAGAAUAAAUAUUUAUUAUUCUCAAUUAGUAUUUGAUUCCAAACAAAUACAUGCAGCCAUAGAAACUUAAUGCAUUUGUACUUUCUUUGCAGCUUUUUCUUCUUGUCUAAUGAUGAAAUGUUGGAGAUCCUGUCAGAGACGAAAGACCCUCUCAGAGUCCAGCCUCACCUGAAAAAGUGUUUUGAGGGCAUUUCUAAACUGGAAUUUCUUUCCAAUCUGGACAUUAAGUCAAUGUUCAGCACUGAAGGUGAACGGGUGGAGUUUAUUUCAACAAUCUCAACUUCUGAAGCUCGAGGUGCUGUGGAGAAGUGGCUAAUACAAGUGGAAGAUAUCAUGCUGAAAAGUAUACAUGAUGUCAUUACAAGAUCAAGACUGGUAUGUUUUCUGUUAAAUAUAUAGAAUCUGAUCUUGCAAAAAAUGCAUGCAUUUCGUUUAUUUGAUUUCAGGCUAGUUCUGUUCUGGUUUUAGAAUCCUAUUCUUUUUUCUUAUUCUUCUUGCUAUUUAAGCAAGUAAAAACUGAAGUUACUAGAGGCAGAAUUGCACACACACACACACACACAAAUCAUGAUGCAAUAAUGAAGUCAAUGAGAGUUUUGUAUCUGUGAGGACUUAGCUCUAUAUUGUUCCACUUACUCUCAUCCAACAUAUAAAACUGGAUUGUUAAAGCAACUAAUACAUUGAAUUCUUUCUUAGUAAAAUGUAAAUGAGAACAAAAGGGGGGGGAGUUUUCUGAUAUACAGUCAUACCUCAUGUUGCGUCCACUUCAGGUUACGUGUUUUCGUGUUGCGUCCUGCGACAACCUGGAAGUACCAGAAUGGGUUACUUUUGGGUUUCACUACUCACGCAUGCGCAGAAGUGCUAAAUUGUGCCGUGCGCAGAUGUGGCGCUUCAGUUUGCGUCAGUCCCAUAUUACGGACGUGCCUCCAGAACAGAUCCUCUCCGUAACACGAGGUUCCACUGUAUUACGUUUAUUUAAAAUGGAGGUGGGGAAGCUGCGGCCCUCUAGGUGUUGUUGGACUCAUAACUCUCCCAUCUGCCCAAUUCAGUAUGACCAAUAGUCAGAAAUGAUGGGAGCUGUAGUUUGGCAACAUCUGGGGAACUUUACUUUCUCCAGUGGACACUGCCCAGUCCUCUUCAUGAUACUGCUAGUGCCCCUGAGACACUCCCUUCAGAUGAUUUCAAUGAACCCUUCCUUAUCACUGAUCUAAAAGACAACCUAGAUACAAAUAUUUUACAAUACUGGACACAGUUACCUGUUUUUAAUCUGUGGAAAUCUGUGAUGCGAACACAUUAUAGAAGGAGGAGGGGGAGACUAAUGAAUGACUUUUUUGCACUGGUUCAUAUGGAAGAUGUUGGCGAGAAACCCAGACAUAAACACUAUACUUUUUAUAAGGGAGUGAGCACUGAGUGAUUUCAUAACAAUUUGACUUCACCCGCAGAGACACACUGAGACUGAUGGAUGCCAGUAACAACAACUAUGAUUUUAUAAUAGGUUGUAUAAAUGAUUCAGUGUAAUAGUUUCAGUGGUUAUUAGUGAUCCUGUUGGGCAAUGUCUUUUACUUUUCCUAGGCAUAUCCAGAAACAGAAAGAAAAAAUUGGGUGAGAGAAUGGCCUGGUCAAGUAGUUAUUUGUGUCUCACAAAUGUUCUGGACAAGUGAAGUACACGAAGCCAUAGCUAGUGGCCCAGAGGUAUGGUGACUGCACAAAGCUUUUUGUUUCCUUUUAAUGUUUCCUGGCUUUAUUUUGGUACUUUGUUCACACUGAACCAUAUUUGAUUUAGAUGUUUAUGGAAUUGUCACCAGCCUCUUUGAAUUAAUAAUGCUUGAUAUAAUUUCAUAAAAUAAAUAUUUCAUGUUAAUUUCCCUCCUUUUCCCUUGAAGUAAAACUGAACACAACAAUUAAAAAUGAAUCCUAAUACUCAGGCAGGUAAAAUACAACUAAAUAUUUGGAGGGACAGAUAAAUGUCAGAUACUGAAUGUGCACAAAUGAGCUCUUGAAAUGUUUCACCCUAUUUGUGGAGAAAAAUUCAGGAGAAAAGAAGCCUGAGGAUUUUUCACUGAAAAUUGUCUUCUGAGAAAUUUCAGCUUUAGUAUAUAUGAGAAGCUGUUGUUCAUUUUACCCUAUGAACUCCCAAUGACAUGAAUGCUUUUGUAAUAUUAAAUAUCAGCAUCCCAAUCCAGCAAUUGUCUUUUUAGUACAGGAGCUUUAGACACACACACUCACCGGCUUCUUCUACUUCCAAGAGCUGCACCCAUUUUGGUGCAGAGACCAUGUUCUUGCUCACAGAAUAAUAUUUGCUGAUUAUUUGUUUAUUUGCUUAUUAUAUACUGCCCUUCAUCAGAAGAUCACAGGGUGGUUUACAACAUAAAAACACAAAAUACAUAACAUAAUGGCAAAAGAACAGUAAAUAUGAAUGGGAAUGUGUUAUGCAAGCCAGAUCUACCUGACUGGGGCAUCUAUAUUAAAAAUAGGUAUAGCAAUCACUAACGAGCUUUUGAAUAAAUAAAUAAAUCACAGGAUAAUAAUAUAGAGAGACCACUAAGCUUCCUCUUGGUAGUUGUUUGUGGCAGAUAGAAUUUAUCAAAAUCCAUUUUCAUUCUGCAGGGCUUAAAGAAUUAUUACGCUAACCUUCAGUUUCAGUUAAAUGAUAUUGUGGAGCUGGUAAGAGGGAAGUUGUCUAAACAAACAAGGACUACACUCGGUGCUUUGGUUACUAUUGAUGUGCACGCUAGAGAUGUCGUCAUGGAAAUGAUUGAAAGUGGUAUGUAACCUAGUAGCUUGUUCUUGUUUGUCAUAGAAUAAAUUAGAAUAUUAAUACAUUGCCUGAUAUUUCUCUGUUGUUCCAGGAAAUCAUUGCUUUUUAAAUUAAUCUUCUCAAUGUUAAAAUGUUGAUUUUAUUAUUUUAAGACAUACAGUGGUAACAUACAGUGGUACCUCCGGUUAUGAACUUAAUUCGUUCCGAGGUCUGUUCUUACCCCGAAACUGUUCUUAACCUGAGGCGCACUUUCGCUAAUGGGGUCUUCAGCUGCCGCUGUGCCGUCAGCGCACGACUUCCGCUCGCAUCCCGGGGCAAAGUUUGCUACUGGGAGCAUCUACUUCCAGGUUAGCGGAGCUUGUUACCCGAAGUGUUUGUAAGGUUUGUACAGUAAGACAAGGUUCCACUGUAUACCCAUUGCUAAAAAAAUGUUUAGGGGUACUCUCAUUUUGACUCAAGACAAUCACUAUUUUAUAGUUCAAAUCAAGGAAAAUCAAUACAGUAAAUGGACAAAAGUACAAAGAUUCACAACAUGUUUAGGGGUAUGCGUACCCCUGCAUACCCCCAGAAAAAAAAGCACUGUUUAAGACGAAAGAAAAAUUGGAGCUGACAGCUGCAACUUCAAAACAUUUUGUUUCCCCUUCCUACUUCCUUUCCAUGGUAUGCUGAGGAGUAGAGCCUAAGACAUUUCCCAUGGUUGUAUUAUUUCAGGUGUGUUGCACGAAACAGAUUUUCAGUGGCUUGCUCAGUUACGGUAUUACUGGGAGUAUGAGAACGUCCGGGUGCGCAUCAUCAAUUGCAAUGUAAAAUAUGCAUAUGAAUACCUUGGCAACUCUCCUCGGCUUGUCAUCACUCCUCUUACAGACAGAUGUUACCGCACUCUGGUAUGGUUUUUAAUAUUAAAUUGCUAAUAAGAAUUCUUAUAAAUCUGAAUUAGCUACAAUGAGGCAUGUUCUCCACCUAUGUUUAUGACAGUAGCUUAUAGAGAUUUUGUCUUGUUGAGGUUCUCAGAACUACUGUAUUAAACUCUCUGACAAUAAGGGAAGCACUCUUGACUCCAUUAAAUUCAAUGGGACUAAAGCAUUAAUGUUCUCUUUACUGGAAACAUAGUUUAAAAUUUAAAACUGAUUCUGAUUAGUUGUAAAUAAAAUUGUGAGAAGGCAAAUAUAGAUCCUUUUGUUCUAGAUUGCAGAUCUCUUAGUAAUGCAGCAGAAAAUGUCUUUUUAAAUUGAUCAGUGAAUCAAAGAAAGUAACACCUGUGCUGUUGCAGGCUAUUUCAUUAGCACUAUGAAAAAGUUGAAGAAAAUAUGAUAAAGUUGACAUUAGGAAUGAAGAAUGGAAAUAGAAAAAUGGAUGGAGAAAUAGAGACGAUUGAUGUGUAUGCUUGCAUUAGAAUUUGUGUAGGUGUAUUUUCCCAAGCGGAACAACAGAAACCUGGGAUAAAUAGAUGAAUGAAUAAUGGUUUAGGGUGAGAGAGAGCAAAAACGAAAGAAAAGAAUAAUUUGGUGGGAGGUGAAAGUAUGACAAAGUGCAAGUGUGUAAGAAAAUAAGAGGGAGGGUACAUGUUUUCUACAAUAUUUCAUCUCUGCCAUAUACAACUGGAUGUAGGUUUUUUUGUAUCCAAAGAUUGUGUGACUUCUGAAAUAUUUUCAUUAACUGUUCUUAUUCUUAGAUUGGAGCAUUUUAUUUAAAUCUUGGUGGUGCUCCGGAGGGCCCAGCUGGGACAGGUAAAACAGAGACCACCAAAGAUUUGGCUAAAGCUCUUGCCGUGCAAUGUGUUGUCUUCAACUGUUCUGAUGGCCUUGAUUACCUAGCCAUGGGGAAGGUAAAUUGAACCAAUCUUUUAUUGUCUGAUUUCCAGUUUUUAAAGGUGGCACUGUUUUUCAUUUUCAGUAGAUGCUCAACUUUAACAAAAACAUUUAAAAACAAUAACACAUACCUUGGUCACACAAUCCAAUUGUUCACAGAACUGUACAGUUAACUUCACAACUAUCAGUUGAAUCAAAGGCCAUUGCGAGGGAAAAAAAGGGCCCACUCUGAACCCGGGGCAAAGCCCAGGACACCCCAGAGGGCAGCCCCUACCAUGUCAUCCCUAGGGGUGAGAGGAGACCAGCCGUGCUUCCUGUUCACCAAGAGGCUGCUGUAAUAAUAAUAAUAAUAAUUAUUAUUAUUAUGUGUAUAUUAUACCCGCCCAUCUGGCUGGGCUUCCCAGCCACUCUGGGCGGCUUCCAACAAAAUAAUAAAAGACCGUAAUACAGAGGGCUGUGUGUUCCUUGGCGGCCAUAAUCUGUUACUCCUGUGGAUCCUGCUGCUUAAGGUGGUCCCCUCAUCUUGCCUCAUGGGUUGGCCAGCCCAGGAAGGCCUUCUCUAUUCCUGGAAGUUACAUAUAUCAACAACUACUAAGUACGUUGUCAAGGAGGUCAUCCAUCCUGGUACUUAAGCUGCAGCCCUAUGCAAACUUAACCUGGGAGUCUGAGUAAACUUGCAGAGGAUCUGUCUCUUUAAGUACAGUCGUACUUCGGCCCCCAAACACCUUGGGAGUCGAACGUUCCGGCUCCUGAAUGAUCGAAAACCAGAAGUGAGUGUUUCAGUUUUCAAAUGUUCUCUUGGAAGCCAAACUUCCAGCGGGGCUUCUGUGGCUUCCAAUUGGCUGCAGGAGCUUCCUGCAACCAAUCAGAAGUUGCAUUUUAGAAGUUGAACAUUUCCGGAACGGAUUCUGUUCGACUUUCAAGGUACAACUGUACUUCAUCAAUGCAUUGUGCUUUUAAACUUUGAGGAGUCAGGAUAGUUUGACAAGACAGAGGUUGCUAAUGUGUCCAAAGCAAACAAGUUCUGCAGGUCUUUUUAAAAUUGCAAUUGAAGCAGUAUCCAGGAACAUAAUUAAUGCUGCUGCAAUCAAAGAAUACACAUUUGAUGUGAUUCGCUUGGGCACUUGUUAAACAGAUUCUAAGGCAAGUAAUGUACUUCUCUGCCAGCUUUGGAACUGAUUUUAAAAUGUUCUUGCAAAAUUAUUUUUAGUGUUUGAACAGCCCACAGCCACACAUGAACUCAUACAGCCCUUAUAAGUUAAAGUACAGUUUCUCAUAAGAGUGAAACCAGCUGCUUUUGAUCUGAUUUAAUUGGUUUCACUACUUCAUCAGCUCUUAUGGGGUUGGUUAAAUAGCUGUAACUGGGAGUUAGGAAACAUGAAGAGAACAGACUUCACUUCCAUCACUGCCUCUCUGGUAUUUAUGUAUUUAUUAAGUUACCAGUAGUUGAUCAGGACUACUGUCAUGAUAGCUGUAACAGGGAAAUAAUUCCUGCUUCUCCACAGAAAUCAUUUCCUGUACACAGUCUAAGCAAGCAGCAAUUAUAUAGAGGCACCCCAAUUUUUUCAUUUGCCUAAUACAGCUAGAUUUGAUGAGGCUGUAAGAAUAGUAGUAAAUAAAUAUUCCCAAAGCAUCACAAUACUCCUUUUUAUAUUUUGGAACUAUUGCUUAGUUAUAGAAUACCGGGCUUACCAUUUUGUUUCUAGUUUUUCAAGGGGUUGGCUUCUUCAGGUGCUUGGGCCUGCUUUGAUGAAUUCAAUCGCAUUGAGUUGGAAGUCCUGUCUGUAGUGGCUCAGCAGAUCCUUUGCAUCCAGAGGGCUAUACAGCUGAAGCUGGAGACGUUUAAUUUCGAAGGGACUGAACUGAAGCUGAACCCCAACUGCUUUGUUGCUAUUACUAUGAAUCCAGGUUAUGCAGGGCGCUCUGAACUGCCGGACAAUCUCAAGGUAAAAUAGUGAAAGAAAAACCAUAUUAACUGAGAGUCAUUUCAGAUACUGCUUUUAAAAGCAUGAUUUCUCUAAAAAUCGUUUUAAGAUCUGUGCAUACUUCUAAACUCCUUUCAGGAGUGAGACUACUGCUGGCUGAGUUGUCCCAAGGCAAGGUGAGUGGGGUUCGGGGUGGGGGAGCCUUUAAAAUAAGAGUUUGUCUUACACCACCCUUUUUCAAGUGUAAUGUCUGCUGGAUUGCUAGGUCAUGUGACUGAGCUGAAUCAGUUUUGAAUAGGAGUAAACCUAUCCCUACCCCAUGUUCCUGCCAAGCUCCACCACUCCUCCAGAAUGUCCCCUUCUCAUGACUGAGCUGGCUGAGUCCCAGUGGGCCAGGAUGGAGAACUGAGAUACUCUGGCAUAUCUCUGAGCUGGGAUGAGGGAUUUUAGUCAGUGUAGCCCCAGCUGAGCCACAGACCUGCCUAUUCCAAACUCUGCUCAUAGCAGAUUUUGCAUUUGGCUUGCUCCUAUGCAUGGCAUAUAAGUGGUGGUCAAAUAGUAGCUUUCUUGCUCUGGAAAUUCUUGGAAAAAACAGCUAGGUUUUUUUGUAUGGUUCAGCUUGGAUGGCAAGUCCUUUCUUCUUUAAUAAGAGGGUGCUUAGCAGCUAUGAGAUAAAGUUUCCAGAACAACUGUAUGAAAAUUCAUUAAACAUUUGUGGAGGUUUUUUUUUGUUAAAGUGAAAGACAAAUGUAUAUAUUAAUAAGCAUACUAGUGCCACUGAAAAAAUAUAGCCUUGGAGGGGGGCAGAAUUGCCAUACUUUCUUUCCCCCCCAAUUUGUUCAUAUAUUUUAUUUUUGAAUUUUUGAAUUUUUUAACAAUCGUACUUUCCUUGAUGUGCAUUUUAGGUUCUCUUCCGAACUGUUGCCAUGAUGGUUCCUAACUAUGCUCUUAUUGCUGAAAUCUCUCUCUAUUCAUAUGGGUUUCUGAAUGCUAAACCUUUAUCAGUGAAAAUAGUAAUGACCUACAGACUGUGCUCGGAACAGCUUUCAUCUCAGUUCCAUUAUGACUAUGGUAUGCGUGCAGUCAAAGCAGUGCUGAUAGCUGCUGGCAAUCUAAAACUGAAAUUCCCUUUUGAAAAUGAAGAUAUACUGGUAAGUGGCACAUUAUUAACUUGACUUUAGAAAUAGUCAUUAGUUCUCAAAUGGACUUAGAGCAUUUUAGUAUCUUGCUGUUUUAUCCCAUUCCAGUAACAUUGGUGUAAUUUUUCCAUGUAUGAAAUUUAGAAGAUCAGCUAGCAGAUGUCUUUGUAGUUCAGUGGUCUAAAGUAGUUCAGUUCAGUGAUGUCAGUACACAAUGGACUCCUGUAUGACCAGUGAGAGGUGCAAAAUGAGGAGAGGGAGGAGCCUGAGGAGAGUCCCAGGGGCCACAUUCAGCCCCUGGGUCUGAUGUUCCCCACACAAUUUAAAUGAAUAUUUUUUUGUGAUGAAUUAUAAAUAAAGUCAAGAACAGUACAGACAUACUUUGGUUUUCGAACAGCCUAGUUCUCAAACGUUUUGGCUCCCAAAAGAUCAAAACUUGGAAGUGACUGUUCCAGUUUUUGAAUAUUCUUUUGGAAGCCAAAACGUUCGAGAACUAGGCUGUUUGAAAACCAACGUACGUCUGUACUGUUCUUGACUUUAUUUAUAAAAAGGUAAAGGGACCCCUGACCAUUAGGUCCAGUUGUGACCAACUCUGGGGUUGUGGCGCUCAUCUCGCUUUAUUGGCCGAGGGAGCCGGCGUACAGCUUCCGGGUCAUGUGGCCAGCAUGACUAAGCCGCUUCUGGCGAACCAGAGCAGUGCACAGAAAUGCCAUUUACCUUCCCACAGGAGCGGUACCUAUUUAUCUACUUGCACUUUGAUGUGCUUUCGAACUGCUAGGUUGGCAGGAGCAGGGACCAAGCAACAGAAGCUCACCCCGUCGCGGGGAUUCAAACCGCUGACCUUCUGAUCAGCAAGUCCUAGGCUCUAUGGUUUAACCCACAGCGCCACCCACGUCCCCAAUUUAUAAUUCAUCACAAAAUUGGUAGGGCUUCUGCACCUUCUGAUUGGCUGCAGGAGCUUCCUGCAGCCAUUCAGAAGCCACGCUUUGGUUUUGAACGUUUUGGAAGUUAAACAGACUUCUGGAACAGAUUCCGUUCAACUUCCAAGGUACGACUGUACUAGAAAUACCAGAGAGAGUCUUGUGUGUCCUUAAAGACUGACAGCUACAUUGUGGCAUAAGCUUUCAUAUACCAGACCCUCAGAGUACCCCAAAAUUAUACACUUAAGGACUUUCCCCAGCAACUGUAAUACCAGCAGCAAGUGGGGGAGAAAGGUACUCCUCGUAAAAGCACAAGUGUUUUAUAUGGCUUUGAACAAUGUUUGCUUUGUCACCUAUAGUGUUCUCCCAGGCUGCUUAAGCUAGCUGUGAUCAACAUAGAGAUCAGCAAAACCCUCAGAUAGAUUGCAAAUGUUAGGCCUACUGAUUCAACAUAACUAACACUUACAAAGCCCUUUCAGUCUAGAGGUCAUAGAAGUGGUUUGCCAUACCCAUUGUAGGAGUGAGUAAUGUAUCCCUUUCCCAGGCCUGUAUCAAGAUGGGGGAGCAAGUGGAGGCACAUGCCCCAGGUGGCAGGUUAGGGCGCAGCAAAGCAGUGUAUUGCUGGGUAGACAACUCUUCUAAUAAGUGGAACCCGGCCAGAAUAAAAGGAGUCACUGAGCAUACACAUGCCUCUUUCCUCCCUGAUGACAAUGUGCCAUGGCUGGCUACAGCCCACACAUCUCUUCUCGGCCUUUUGGCUAAGAUCAAGUGUGGCAUCUCUUCUAAUAAGCAGACGUUCCACUUAUUAGAAGAGGGGUGGCUAUAGAAAGGCCUACCUCCUUGCUCACCCCAGGAAGAAGAAGGUGAGAAGCUGCUGUGGCAGAGGGAGAUGAAGGGAAGAAAUGCUCUCUUUUGUUGUGCUGUCACUUCUGCCACCAAGAGAAGGAAGCCUGCAUAGACCAUGAAGGGGGAACAAACAUUCCACUUUGUGACUUUCCCAUGGUGGCACUGCCACCAAGAGAAGGAGUUGUGUAUAGGCAUUCUUCUCUUGGUGGUGUCAGCGGCAGCAAGAGGCAGACAUGAACUUGCAAGAGAGGAGAAUAGCAGUAAAGACUUUUGCCUUCCUAUAGCUAAGCACUGUCCGAUCAGCACUGCCCUAUCCUCCCUCCCCCCACUAAUUUCUCUUUGUUGGAGACAAGUUUUGAUUCAUGUUAGGAUUGUAUUGCUUUAACUUAGCAAUGUGGUUAAUUAUCAGCUUGAAAAAAGAAUACUCGUAGGAGACACAGUGCAGUUGAUAGAACUUUGUUUUUAUUGCUGAGCAGCUUAAUAUUUGUGAUAUAAACUAGAACAUUAUUUCUUUCCAACUCUGCUGCUGUUUCUCUUCCUUUGUUCAGCUUCUUCGAUCAAUCAAAGAUGUAAAUGAACCUAAGUUUUUGUCACAUGACAUACCUCUGUUUAUGGGCAUUACAAGUGAUUUAUUCCCUGGUAUUAAGCUUCCUGAAGCUGACUACAAUGUGAGUAUAUUUUUAGUGCAUUGUUCCCCAGUAAUUCUUCCAGUAUUUGACAGUUUUAGCUCAUGCGGUUGUCUGUUUCUAACUGAAUGAUGUGCUGUGUCUAUUUUUUAAGUGGAUUGUUUUCAAAAAACUUCAGUUCACCCAGUCUUACCAUGAACCCAAAGUCUGCUUCAGAACUUGAUGUGUUUGCUUAUUUUAUUAUCUCACAUUUAUAUUCAGCUGCUCUUCAAUCAUGGUACCCAAUGUAGUUGUGGUUCCCAGAUGGUCAACCAUUCAGGAACUGAUCAGAGUCAGACCUGCUCAGCUUUAGCAAAGUGGUAGCCUCAAGUACCUUCCAUCACUACUGUAGGACCAAUUCUCUGUUUGUAGAAGCCCGCCAGCAUUUGUAAUAGAUAGCAAAAAGGCUUCAUCCUUUUGCAAUCUUUCAGUAUCUACUUUAGGCUGCACUGCUACAUGCGUUGUUCUUUAGUUGUUUAGUCGUGUCCAACUCUUCGUGACCCCAUGGACCAGAGCACACCAGGCACUCCUGUCUUCCACUGCCUCCCACAGUUUGGUCAAACUCAUGUUCGUAGCUUCGAGACCACUGUCCAACCAUCUCGUCCUCUGUUGUCCCCUUCUCCUUGUGCCCUUCAUCUUUCCCAACAUCAGGGUCUUUUCCAGGGAGUCUUCUCUUCUCAUGAGGUGGCCAAAGUAUUGGAGCCUCAGCUUCAGGAUCUGUCCUUUCAGUGAGCACUCAGGGUUGAUUUCCUUCAGGAUGGAUCGGUUUGAUCUUUUUGCAGUCCAUGGGACUCUCAAUAGCCUCCUCCAACACCACAAUUCAAAAGCAUAAAUUCUUCGGCGAUCAGCCUUCUUUAUGGUCCAGCUCUCACUUCCAUACAUCACUACUGGGAAAACCAUAGCUUUAAUUAUACGGAUUUUUGUUAGCAAGGUCUCUACUUUUUAAGAUGCUGUCUAGGUUUGUUAUCGCUUUUCUCCCAAGAAGCAGGCGUCUUUUAAUUUCUACACACACUUACCUACAAAUAAUCCCCACUGAAUUCAGUGGGGCUUAUUUAUGAGUAGAUGUGCAUGUGAAUGCACUGCAAGUAAUCCUGACAUCCAUCUCAUUCCUACUAGGAUUAUCUUCCUAGUCUCUUAGUAACUUGUCACAAACGUCCCUCAAGAUUUUCUUCAGCUUCCAGCUGCCAUUGCCUCAUGUCAUUUAAAAAGAAGGUCCCCAGUCUGAUGACAGCGGUCUCAAUAUACAUACGUGUGCCUUAUACAUGUCUAUUUAGAAAUAAGUCUCUUUACUGUAUUUUCAAUUGAGCUUACUCCAAGGUGUGUACAGAAUUGCAGUUCCUAUGAUUUUGCUCAGUUUUAAGGUGCUCACAGAGCUCCUUUCAUUCUAAUUUCUGCAUAUCCUUCAAAGUCUUUGUUUCUUUACUUGGUAACUAUAUAGUAUCAUUCCUUUUGUGGUUCUACGACAACAUAGCAAAAUUCUGUUCAUUUCUGUAAAUGCAUAAUUUCACCUGGUUUUGAUGUUUGUUGAAUUGAGAUUACCAUUCUCUAGCCUAGCUAAACUCAACUGAAACACUUAAUGGACAAUUUGAAGUAUAUGAGUUUCAUUUCAAGAAAAAGAAGGAAAACUGAAUGUUAAUCUUUUUUCAAAUGAAAAGUGUGUUUGUGUACAUGUGAAAAUGCAUACCAGAAAUGAGAAAUAGCUAAGAUUUACCUUUUAAAAUUGUGUUUCAGGAUUUUCUGGAAUGUGCAAAUGAAUGCUGUAAAGCACACAAUGUUCAGCCUGUUAAAGUUUUUCUAGAAAAGAUGAUACAGACCUAUGAAAUGAUGAUAGUUAGACAUGGGUAAGUAUAAUUAUGAUAAAUAAUAUUCAUAGGUAUGGGGUUCAGAAAAUGGCAACCAACCUGAUCAAAGGGAUAGAACAACUAAUGUCUGAGGAAAUGUUGCAGCAUUUGGGACUUUUUAGUUUAGAGAAAAGGCAAAUAAGAGGUGACAUGAUAGGGAAGUUAAGAAAGUUAUACAUGGCAUGAAGAAAGUAUACUUCUGUCCUUCUUGGUUGACUGUGCAACCAAGUUCUUCAUGGAGAGCUUGAUUGUACAGCUGAUCCCAGCAGGAAGUAGGGUUGAAUUCACAGCUAUGGGUGGUGAGUUGAACACUGCUGGUUUGGCUGCAUGACUGAGUUCCCUUUAGGAAAAGCAGUUACACCACUGAACCCUGAAGAAAUCAGCUUAGUAGCCUUACCAUUGGCCAAAGUCCUUUGCCCCGUGGUUCCCAAGCAGAGCUGGUCUGGUUAAGUUGACAUGUUGUUGUUUAGUCGUUUAGUCAUGUCCGACUCUUCGUGACCCCAUGGACCAGAACACGCCAGGCACUCCUGUCUUCCACUGCCUCCCACAGUUUGGUCAGACUCAUGUUUGUAGCUUCGAGAACACUGUCCAACCAUCUCGUCCUCUGUCGUCCCCUUCUCCUUGUGCCCUCCAUCUUUCCCAGCAUCAGGGUCUUUUCCAGGGAGUCUUCUCUUCUCAUGAGGUGGCCAAAGUAUUGGAGCCUCAGCUUCACGAUCUGUCCUUCCAAUGAGCACUCAGGGCUGAUUUUCUUAAGAAUGGAUAGGUUUGAUCUUCUUGCAGUCCAUGGGACUCUUGAGUCUCCUCCUGCACCAUAAUUCAAAAGCAUCAAUUCUUCAGCGAUCAGCCUUCUUGAUGGUCCAGCUCUCACUUCCAUACAUCACUACUGGGAAAACCAUGGCUUUAACUAUACGGACCUUUGUUGGUAAGGUGAUGUCUCUGCUUUUUAAGAUGCUGCCUAGGUUUGCCAUCGCCUUUCUCCCAAGGAGCAGGCGUCUUUUAAUUUCGUGACUGCUGUCACCAUCUGCAGUGAUCAUGGAGCCCAAGAAAGUAAAAUCUCUCACUGCCUCCAUUUCUUCCCCUUCUGUUUGCCAGGAGGUGAUGGGCCCAGUGGCCAUGAUCUUCGUUUAUAGGAUGUUGAGCUUCAGACCAUAUUUUGCGCUCUCCACUUUCACCCUCAUUAAAAGGUUCUUUAAUUCCUCCUCACUUUCUGCCAUCAAGGUUGUGUCAUCUGCAUAUCUGAGGUUGUUGAUAUUUCUUCCGGCGAUCUUAAUUCCGGCUAGGGAUUCAUCUAGCCCAGCCUUUCGCAUGAUGAAUUCUGCAUAUAAGUUAAAUAAGCAGGGAGACAAUAUACAGCCUUGCCGUACUCCUUUCCCAAUUUUGAACCAAUCAGUUGUUCCAUUUCCAGUUCUAACUGUAGCUUCUUGUCCCACAUAGAGAUUUCUCAGGAGACAGAUGAGGUGAUCAGGCACUCCCAUUUCUUUAAGAAAUAGUUUCUCCCAUUUCUUUAAGACAUAGUUUCCCUUAUAGCAGGGUAAAGAAAACUCACUGUAUUUUUGCCACCUCAUUCCUUACCUUUCUAUAGUUUUUACAAGGAGCUGAAUGUUCUAGCUUUUGCAAUAAUAAACAAUUAAAUGUAUGUUCAUGUUUAGUCAUGAGACUAAAAGGAAAAAUAAAUACCAAAAGGAAAAUACCAAAUAAAAACUUUUUAUUUAUCAGUUUUAUGCUUGUAGGUGAGCCUUUUGCCGGAAAGACCAAAGUUUUGCAUGUGUUGGCAGAUACACUUUCCCUUAUGAAUGAACGUGGGUAUGGGGAUGAAGAAAAGGUAGUUCACAGAACUGUGAAUCCAAAAGCUAUUACUAUGGGACAACUUUUUGGAAGAUUUGAUCCAGUAUCUCAUGAGGUAAGUUCAUCACAAAAUAAAGCGGAGGAGCAGGGAGAAAUGAAAAGUACCUUACAGCAAUGAACCAUAUAAGCCCUUGGGUGAGGUGUGAAGGGUUGGGGUUGGCAGUGAGAGGGUAGGCGGCAUUGCCAACAGUGUGGGCAGAGCACAGCAACCCUUAGCAUGAAUACAUAUUCAUACAAAGGAAGGUAGUAUUUAUGAACAUUCUCCGCCUAGCUCAUAUUAAUGGUAACAUAUCUACGUUUUAUUUCAAAGUGUGUCCAGAAAACAAUUUAAGCUUAGCUUUUUCUUAGAUGUUUAUUUGCUUAGGUUUUGUCCAUUCAGUAGAACAGAUUACCAUAUUCAAAUGAUUUACACAAUUAGGUUUCUGUUGAAUGCUUCCUUCAAAUUUUAAAAGUCUUUUGUCACUUAUUUUAGUGGACAGAUGGCAUAGUUGCCAACACUUUUCGAGAAUUUGCUUUAACUGAGACACCUGAUCGCAAUUGGGUUGUUUUUGAUGGUCCUAUUGAUACCCUUUGGAUAGAGAGCAUGAACACUGUGUUGGAUGAUAACAAAAGGUAA